AUGCUGGUAAGUUAUUUUCAAACAGCUCUAAGAUUGAUGCACUCCUUUUGAUUUUUUUUGGGGGGGGGGGGUUUGGUUUAUGAUUUUAUCAGUUAAGCUGACUCUUGACUCCUUGUGCACAUUUGGAGCCUUGGCCUUCUUGUUGGUCACAUUUCAUCCACCCACUAAACCUCCCAUUGGGUCCUGGGUUAAGGUUAUGAUUUGGGGAGGAGGUGAGUUUGGGUCAGGAUAAAGAACCCUGGGAUACGUACCCACUUCUGUGUUCCUGAUUUCACCUUAUUGCCUGCUUAUUACCGGGGCCAACAUACUUCCCCUCACUCUGUCUGCAGCUGCUCCUGUAAUGCCAUACUGUGACUUCACCCUGCCAUCCUAUAGCUUGAGUUACACCUUUUGUCCUUGUUUUGGACUCGGUCGUUGUCUACUUUGCUGUUGUAAUUAUAAGGUGCAUGUGACGAAAGCUUGUUUUUUUUUGCAUUUUGGUAAUUUUGUCCAAACCAAAUAAGAGUUGUAAAUUAUCUAUGGGUGGACAAUUUACACAGUUCCUUAUUAAUUGUGUAAUCAGUGGAAAGCAGGAAAAAAUUUAAAUGUUUGUUGUGCACUCUUCAUUGGCAUGUUUUGUCUCAUUAUUUUGUUCACUAUUCUCCAGUCAUACUUUUUCCUCACCUGGAAAGUAUAUCUGAAGGGGAAUGGGGUCCUUUUUCCUGCUACCUCUUAAUUCACUGUCUGGUUGUGACACAUGUAUUUAGUCUCUGAUACCCACUCAAUGCACGGUCGCUAGACUAACUCCUGUCUCUGGGAAUUACAUUGACGGCUCAUCUGUGUUCUGUUGAUAGAACUCCAAUACUGCGGUCUCUGCCAUGAUGUUUCCUUUUCUCUUGAGCUCCUCCUUCAGUUUGUUGUUUCGUCUGUGUUUGAUUGAAAUCAGCCACUGCUUCUUCACAACAAACGUAGCUAGCUAAAUUUCACGAUUUACCAGAAUCACAGUUGUAGGACAGCCCAAAAAAAAACAGGCACCGAAGCACCAAUUUCUUGUGUUGUGUUGGCAGCAGCCAGCUCUAGCUGACUCUGAAAUGUAGAGUACUCUGCUCAAGCAGAGACAGCUGAGAGAGGCUUUCACAUGGCUGCUCUGAGGGAAGCCAUUGAUUCACAUUUUUGGUCCAGCUUGAGUUGGCAGUUCCCUAAUUGCACUAAUUAUUUUCAAUGAGGUGAUGUAAUCUAUUUGACUAUUCAGUGGGAAGACGGAGUCUGUGAGAUGAGAUGCACAUCAUUUAGGUUGCGCGUGCGGACACACCCACACAGCCUCCGUCUGGAAAUCAAUAACCAAAGACAAGCGAGUAAAUCUGAAAGGAUAUAAAAGCAGUCAUGUAGCCCAGGCUAGCCCACUGGUUUUUCGCCUGAAGUAUUAACUAUAAUGAUCCCAAUGAUACUUUCCUCCCAGAUCAGCUCUUUAUGUUGCUGACUCUGGUUCAGAGCUCAUUGCAGUUCUGUUUCAGUGAACCUCCUCCGGAUAAAUGUUCCAUCCUCCUGAGUCCACUCCUCCCCAUCUGGGAUCUCCCAUCAACCUCUCUCCCCAGAGAGACACUCUCAUAUAUAUGCUAGCACUGAGGAGCGGUGCUAACGCGCUUUAAGUGUGGUAAUGGGCAUCCUGCUCUUGCCCAGUAGGAGGUGUUUUGUCAGUUAGAAAGUGUAGUCUGAGAUGUCCUUGUCUUAUUCUGAUCAUUCUCUCUCUCCUUUCUCUCCUGUAGUCCACCCCUCUCCACCUGGCAGCAGGGUACAACCGGGUCAGAAUAGUACAGCUCCUACUACAGCACGGUGCCGACGUACAUGCAAAGGACAAAGGGUAAGUGUGUUCGUUGUUUGCGUGUGCUUUAGGGUGAAUGUUACGUUGGCAUGUCCCCCCCCCCCCCCCCCCCCCCCCCCAAUGUUUCUGGAAUGUUGAGUUCACACUUUGCUCAGGCACUUCAUUGACCUCCUUACCUAAUUAACUGAGUUGUUAAUUACACAGAUAUACAACGUCUGUUUUGUAUGUGAAAUAAUGUUGUCUAUGCGUGCUCCUCUCCCUCAGGGGUCUGGUUCCUCUCCAUAAUGCCUGUUCAUAUGGUCACUACGAAGUCACAGAGCUUCUGCUGAAGGUAAGAAACUCAGCAUUUCUCCUUGUCUCUGCUGCUUUUUGUGUAUACUGGUAUGCUUGUUAUGGUGUGGAUAUGAAACUCAUUUGGUAGAGCAUGGAGCUUGUCACGCCAGGGUAGUGGGUUCGAUUCCUGGGAUCACCCAUACUUAAAAUGUAUACACACAUGACUGUAAGUCGCUUUGGAUAAAAGCGUCUGCUAAAUGGGCCCCGUGUAGCUCAGUUGGUAGAGCAUGGCGCUUGCAACGCCAGGGUUGUGGGUUCGAUUCCCACGAGGGGCCAGUAUGAAAAAUGUAUGCACUCACUAACUGUAUGUCGCUCUGGAUAAGACCGUCUGCUAAAUGACUAAAAUGUAAAUGUAAAUGUCAUAUAUUAUUAUAUAUUAUGAAAGUGAGAAUCCUUUAGCACAGAGUCUAUAGAGACCAUCAUAGCACUGAGACUGCACUUGUGAAGGUGGUAAAUUACCUUUUAAUGGCGUCAGACCGAGGCUCUGCAUCUGUCCUCGUGCUACUAGACCUUAGUGCUGCCUUUGACACCAUCGAUCACCACAUUCUUUUGGAGAGACUGGAAACCCAAAUUGGUCUACACGGACAAGUUCUGGCCUGGUUUAGAUCUUACCUGUCGGAAAGAUAUCAGUUUGUCUCUGUGAAUGGUCUGUCCUCCGACAAAUCAACUGUACAUUUCGGUGUUCCUCAAGGUUCCGUUUUAGGACCACUAUUGUUUUCACUAUAUAUUUUACCUCUUGGGGAUGUUAUUCGAAAACAUAAUGUUAACUUUCACUGCUAUGCGGAUGACACACAGCUGUACAUUUCAAUGAAACAUGGUGAAGCCCCAAAAUUGCCCUCGCUAGAAGCCUGUGUUUCAGACAUAAGGAAGUGGAUGGCUGAAAACUUUCUACUUUUAAACUCGGACAAAACAGAGAUGCUUGUUCUAGGUCCCAAGAAACAAAGAGAUCUUCUGUUAAAUCUGACAAUUCAUCUUGAUGGUUGUAAAGUCGUCUCAAAUAAAACUGUGAAGGACCUCGGCGUUACUCUUGACCCUGAUCUCUCUUUUGACGAACAUAUCAAGACUGUUUCAAGGACAGCUAUUUUCCAUCUACGUAACAUUGCAAAAAUCAGACAUUUUCUGUCCAAAAAUGAUGCAGAAAAAUUAAUCCAUGCAUUUGUUACUUCUAGGUUAGACUACUGCAAUGCUCUACUUUCCGGCUACCCGGAUAAAGCACUAAAUAAACUUCAGUUAGUGCUAAAUACGGCUGCUAGAAUCCUGACUAGAACCAAGAAAUUUGAUCAUAUUACUCCAGUGCUAGCUUCCCUACACUGGCUUCCUGUUAAGGCAAGGGCUGAUUUCAAGGUUUUACUGUUAACCUAUAAAGCGUUACAUGGGCUUGCUCCUACCUAUCUUUCCGAGUUGGUCCUGCCGUACAUACCAAUACGUACGCUACGGUCACAAGACGCAGGCCUCCUAAUUGUCCCUAGAAUUUCUAAGCAAACAGCGGGAGGCAGGGCUUUCUCCUAUAGAUCUCCAUUUUUAUGGAACAGUCUGCCUACCCAUGUGAGAGACGCAGACUCGGUCUCAACCUUUAAGUCUUUACUGAAGACUUAUCUCUUCAGUAGGUCAUAUGAUUGAGUGUAGUCUGGCCCAGGAGUGUGAAGGUGAACGGAAAGGCUCUGGAGCAACGAACAGCCCUUGCUGUCUCUGCCAGGCCGGUUCCCCUCUCUCCACUGGGGUUCUCUGCCUCUAACCCUGUUACAGGGGCUGAGUCACUGGCUUGCUGGUGCUCUUUCAUGCCGUCCCUAGGAGGGGUGCGUCACUUGAGUGGGUUGAGUUACUGACGUGAUCUUCCUGUCUGGGUUGGCGCCCCCCCUUGGUUUGUGCUGUGGUGGAGACCUCUGUGGGCUAUACUCGGCCUUGUCUCAGGAUUGUAAGUUGGUGGUUGAGGAUAUCCCUCUAGUGGUGCGGGGGCUGUGCUUUGGCAGAGUGGGUGGGGUUAUAUCCUUCCUGUUUGGCCCUGUCCGGGGGUUUCUUCGGAUGGGGCCACAGUGUCUCCGGACCGCUCCUGUCUCAGCCUCCAGUAUUUAUGCUGCAGUAGUUUAUGUGUCGGGGGGCUGGGGUUAGUUGGUUAUACCUGGAGUACUUCUCCUGUCUUAUCCAGUGUCCUGUGUGAAUUUAAGUAUGCUCUCUCUAAUUCUCUCGUUCUCUCUUUCUCUCUGAGAACCUGAGCCCUAGGACCAUACGUCAGGACUACCGGGCAUGCUGACACCUUGCUGUCCCCAGUCCGCCUGGCCUUGCUGCUAUUCCAGUUUCAACUGUUCUGCCUGCGGUUACGAAACCCCUACCUGUCCCAGACCUGCUGUUUUCAACUCUAAAUGAUCGGCUAUGAAAAGCCAACUGAGAGACCUGAGCCCUAGGACCAUACGUCGGGACUACCGGCCGUGGUGACUCCUUGCUGUCCCCAGUCCGCCUGGCCUUGCUGCUAUUCCAGUUUCAACUGUUCUGCCUGCGGUUAUGGAACCCCUACCUGUCCCAGACCUGCUGUUUUCAACUCUUAAUGAUCGGCUAUGAAAAGCCAACUGAGAUUUAUUCCUGAUUAUUAUUUGACCAUGCUUGUCACUUAUGAACAUUUUUGAACAUCUUGACAUGGUUCUGUUAUAAUCUCCACCCGACACAGCCAGAAGAGGACUGGCCACCCCUCAUAGCCUGGUUCCUCUCUAGGUUUCUUCCUAGGUUUUGGCCUUUCUAUGGAGUUUUUCCUAGCCACCGUGCUUCUACACCUGCAUUACUAGCUGUUUGGGGUUUUAGGCUGGGUUUCUGUACAGCACUUCGAGAUAUUAGCUGAUGUACGAAGGGCUAUAUAAAAUAAAAUUGAUUGAUUGAUUGACCUCAAAUUCAACUCUGGACCACAAAGCCAGUUCCACUGGGUUUUUUUUUCUCCGUUGUUCGCCUCUAACCAGGGACUGAUUUUUGCCCUAAUAAUCAGGUAGAACAGAAAAGCAGCAGGCUCCAGACCUCGUAGGGUAAGAGUUGAAUACCCCUGGUAUAGAGGAUCCUGAGAAAGCCUUUAUUUUGUCAGGUGUUUUCAGAGGGAUUCUUAGCAGCUCUGUCACUGUCUGAAAAAUCUGUCUGGGUUCCUUUGACAGAACACUCAGACAAACAUACUUUUUACACUUCCUCUCUGAGUUGGUCUUUAAGCUGAAGUCUCAGGACUGACUGGCUAGUCUAAGGGAAGCCCUCAUCACUCACCUGAUGUUUGAUGUCAGAUAUCACGUCAGUGCUGCUGUAACACCUGGGUUGUGACACCUCAACGAAAAGUUUAGCGUAAUCUUUGCUCUUAUUGGACUAGUUCAGGUUUCAAAACAUUGUUGCAAAAAUAUAUUUUCACCUACCUGCCACUUUCUUUCCUUUACAAUAUCGAUCGCGUCUAACAGCCCUCUCUGUUUCCUGUAGCAUGGAGCGUGUGUUAACGCCAUGGACCUGUGGCAGUUCACCCCUCUCCACGAGGCUGCCUCGAAGAACCGCGUGGAGGUGUGUUCUCUGCUGCUGAGCCACGGGGCCGACCCCUCCCUGGUCAACUGUCACGGGAAGAGCGCUGUGGACAUGGCCCCCACCCCGGAGCUUAAAGAGAGACUCACUUGUGAGAACAGCAUCUUCUCUCUCUCACUCACACACACACACAUACACACAAACACACUGACACAAACUGACACACAGGCUCACACAAUACACUCACAUGCAUACAAACAUGGUCACACUGGCGUUAUAGUUUGUCCUUCCAGUAAAAUGUUUUGGGUUGUGUAUGUAACUGUUUGGAUGACAUCAUCUUUCUCUCUGCCCUGUGUGUAGAUGAGUUUAAGGGUCACUCUCUGCUCCAGGCAGCGCGGGAGGCAGACAUGGCCAAGGCCAAGAAGACCCUCGCUCUAGAGAUCAUCAACUUCAAACACCCACAGACCCACGAGACGGCACUGGUGAGACAUACACACCUCACACACACCACUCACACACACACCACAUACACACACACCACUCACACACAGCACACACACACACACCACACACACCACACAGGGCUACAGUGUUAAAUGAACUCCUUUUGUGUUGCAGCACUGUUCAGUGGCCUCUCCUCACCCCAAGCGGAAGCAGGUCACAGAGCUGCUGUUACGUAAAGGUGCCAACGUCAAUGAGAAGAACAAGGAGUGAGUGUCUUCCUGUUUACCUGACCUCUGUCUGACCUCUUUCUGAACUCAUCCCCUAACCACUUUCAUGUCAUGACUAUGUGGACUCAAACCUGUGUGUCUCUGCAGCUUCAUGACUCCCCUACACGUGGCUGCUGAGAGGGCACACAAUGACAUCAUGGAGGUGUUACAGAAACAUGGAGCGAAGGUACAGUAUUCCCCUCACCCAUCCUCAGCCAUCCAUCCCUUCACCCAUCCUCAGCCAUCAUCCCUUCACCCAUCCUCAGCCAUCAUCCCUUCACCCAUCCAUCCCUUCACCCAUCCUCAGCCAUCUAUCCCUUCAGCCAUCCAUCCCUUCACCCAUCCUCAGCCAUCAUCCCUUCACCCAUCCUCAGCCAUCAUCCCUUCACCCAUCCUCAGCCAUCAUCCCUUCACCCAUCCAUCCCUUCACCCAUCCAUCCCUUCACCCAUCCUCUACUGGUCUUGCUAGUUGUACCAGCAAAGACGGUCAGGUUCAAUGGGAAACACCUAAUCAAGAGUGUAAAUCUGAGCCAUUUGAGUGAACUCAGACCCUGGGAGGCAUGAUGUUUCUCUAACUGACUACCUAAAGGCAGAGAGAUCGGUCUCCCCAGUGUCCGGGUGGCAAUCUGAAGUUUCCUGUUUUGGAGCUGAAUCGCUUAUAGUAUUACUUAAUGCACCGACAGGACGGACAGCGGGAAAAGACUGUCUGGCCAAUCAACGGUCUGGUUCUGAGAGCUCCAUCAGAUAAGAAUGACCUGAUGUAUGGAGUGUUCAGAGCCUGCCAUUCCCUGAAGAUCUCACCUUAACAGGCUGUCCUUCUCUGAUGCAGGCCUGGGGCAAGACACACACCAGUUCUACGCUGUUUAAAAGCCAGACAGCCACUAAAGAGAAUCCUCUUGAUACCUUUCCUUGAUAGAGUUAUUUCAAUAGCGGGAGUGUUGUAUGUUUUAUAUUGCUUUCUAAAGAAACAUGGCGGAGACAGACAUAAGAGAGGCUCUUUGGUGCUUUUGACAGCAGCGUUCGUUGAGCAGCUAUCCAGAAAAGAGAAGCCUCUACACACAGUGGCACUUUAACUGUCAUGUCUGGCUUGUCCUUUCAAAGUCACGAGUGCAGGUAGCUAUCCCCCACAGAGACCCAGCACUACUUAGCUGGGUAGGGAGCAUGACAGAGGGAACAGACAUCCAAAGUAAACAGUAUUCACCUCACCCAUCCAUCCCUUCAGCCAUCCAUCCCUUAACCCAUCCUCAGCCAUCCAUCCCUUCACCCAUCCUCAGCCAUACAUCCCUUCACCCAUCCUCAGCCAUCCAAAGUAAACAGCUGUGCGUGCCUGACUGCCUGCCUGGCUGAGCAGUUAACAAACACAGUCGAGCAGAGCCUAGUAUUGGAGUUUUGCUGCUGCGCUCAGAUCAGUGUCUCUGUGGGGAGCUGUGCUGUGUGUUGUUCCAAGCAGAGCCUCCCCUUUCAUUAGAGUUGUACGAUCAGUAAUUCAUCGAAAUGAGGACAUCCCAGGAGCUAAGAGAAACUAAAACGGUGCUGAAUAAAUACAAGUCUGUCAGGAAGCAAACUCAGACAUGCACACACUUUUAGACACUUGUGCAGGCAGACAAGCAUACAUUUACACACGUAUACAUUUACACACAUACAAAUGCACUAGACCUCCCAAAAACACACACACACACAAAAUGGAUGUGCACACAAACACACACAGACACACACAGACACAAUAGCACACAUUUCCACACUAUCUCUCCCAGUUCCUGCUCAGGGCUGAUAGUCUCUGAAGAGCUCUAGUAGCUUUGGGGGCUCAUCUGAUUAAUUAAUGUUUGUGUUCGUUUCAAAACGGGGAAAUUCACUCUCACAGCACAUCUCAAUCCCCACAACCCCUCUCCUCACUCACUUAUUCCCUCACUCCCAGAUGAAUGCGCUGGACACCCUGGGCCAGACGGCCCUGCACCGUGCUGCCAUGGCAGGACACCUCCAGACCUGUAGAUUGCUGCUGAGCUACGGCGCAGACGCCUCCAUCCUCUCACUACAGGGAUUCACUGCCUCACAAAUGGGCAACGAGGCCGUGCAGCAGAUACUCAGUGGUACGGAGAGAGAGGGAGAGAGACAGCAAGAGAGAGAAUAUAUGUGUAUGCUUGCGUUUGUGUGUGCCUGACUGAAUAUGUGUGGAUCAGUGGAGGCUGCUGAGGGGAGGACGGCUCAUAAUAAUGGCUGGAAAGGAGCUAAUGGAAUGGCAUCAAACACAUGGAAACCACGUGUUUGAUGUAUUUGAUACCAUUCCACUGAUUCCGCUCCAGCCAUUACCACGAGCCUGUCCUCCCUAAUGAAGGUGCCACCAGCCUCCUGUGGUGUGUGUUGGGAUAGCUUUAUCCCCUCUCCAUUCUCUUCAGACAGGCUUCUUUUUUUCUCCACCAGAAAAUGUUCCAGUGAGGAACUCUGAUGUAGACUAUCAACUCCUGGAGGUAGCUAAAGCUGGAGACCUGGACACUGUGAAGGUAGGAUUCUCAUUUAAGUGUGUGUGCGUGCGUCUGUGUGGUCCUUACUAGCUGGCAUAGCUAGCUGACUCACAAGAAAAAGAAGGCUAAUACACAAGCUUACAUGACAUGCACAGGACCCGUUGAUAUGGAAACAGUUAUUUGAUUUUCUACUACUCCUUGUCUUGGUGUGUGAACUCACUGGACUGCUUCGCCUUCAACUCACAACCUGCACUCAGGGGUAGACGUAACAUAGUAAAGGUCAUUCCGGGACACUCCAAUUAGUAUGAUAUGUUAUGUUUCGUAUGAUAUGUAUUAAUUUGUGGAUAUCCAUCAUCCAUUUCGUAUGAUACAGUGGCUUGUGAAAGUAUUCACCCCCCUUGGCAUUUUUCCUAUUUUGUUUUACUCUCACAGCACAGCUCAAUCCCCACAACCCCUCUCAUCACUCACUCAUUCCCUCACUCCCAGAUGAAUGCGCUGGACACACCUUACAACCUGGAAUUAAAAUGUUUUUUUUUUGGGGGGGGGGGGGGGGGGGGGGGGGGGGGUUGUGGGGAUUGGGGGGGGGGGGGUUGUAUCAUUUGAUUUACAGAACAUGCCUACCACUUUGAAGAUGCAAAAUAUUUUUUAUUGUGAAAAACAAGAAAUAAGACAAAAAAACAGAACUUGAGCGUGCGUAACUAUUCACCCCCCCAAAGUCAAUACUUUGUAGAGACACCUUUUGCAGCAAUUACAGCUGCAAGUCUCUUGUGGUAUGUCUAUAAGCUUGGCACAUCUAGCCACUGGGAUUUUUGCCCAUUCUUCAAGGCAAAACUGCUCCAGCUCCUUCAAGUUGGAUGGGUUCCGCUGGUGUACAGCAAUCUUUAAGUAAUACCACAGAUUCUCAAUUGGAUUGAGGUCUGGGCUUUGACUAGGCCAUUCCAAGACAUUUAAAUGUUUCCCCUUAAACCACUCGAGUGUUGCUUUAGCAGUAUGCUUAGGGUCAUUGUCCUGCUGGAAGGUGAACCUCCGUCCCAGUCUCAAAUCUCUGGAAGACUGAAACAGGUUUCCCUCAAGAAUUUCCCUGUAUUUAGCGCCAUCCAUCAUUCCUUCAAUUCUGACCAGUUUCCCAGUCCCUGCCGAUGGAAAACAUCCCCACAGCAUGAUGCUGCCACCACCAUGCUUCACUGUGGGGAUGGUGUUCUCGGGGUGAUGAGAGGUGUUGGGUUUGCGCCAGAUAUAGCGUUUUCCUUGAUGGCCAAAAAGCUACAUUUUAGUUUCAUCUGACCAGAGUACCUUCUUCCAUAUGUUUGGGGAGUCUCCCACAUGCCUUUUGGCGAACACCAAACGUGUUUGCUUAUUUUUUUCUUUAAGCAAUGGCUUUUUUCUGGCCACUCUUCGGUAAAGCCCAGCUCUGUGGAGUGUAUGGCUUAAAGUGGUCAUAUGGACAGAUACUCCAAUCUCCGCUGUGGAGCAUUGCAGCUCCUUCAGGGUUAUGUUUGGUCUCUUUGUUGCCUCUCUGAUUAAUGCCCUCCUUGCCUAGUCCGUGAGUUUUGGUGGGCGGCUCUCUCUUGGCAGGUUUGUUGUGGUGCCAUAUUCUUUCAAUUUUUUAAUAAUGGAUUUAAUGGUGCUCCGUGGGAUGUUCAAAGUUUCUGAUAUUUUUUUAUAACCCAACCCUGAUCUGUACUUCUCCACUUUGUCCCUGACCUGUUUGGAGAGCUCCUUGGUCUUCAUGGUGCCGCUUGCUUGGUGGUGCCCCUUGCUUAGUGGUGUUGCAGACUCUGGGGCCUUUCAGAACAGGGGUGUAUAUAUACUGAGAUCAUGUGACAGAUCAUGUGACACUUAUAUUGCACACAGGUGGACUUUAUUUAACUAAUUAUGUGACUUCUGAAGGUAAUUGGUUGCGCCAGAUCUUAUAUAGGGGCUUCAUAGCAAAGGGGGUGAAUACAUAUGCACACACCACUUCUCCGUUAUUUAUUUAUUAGUUUUUUUUUCAUUUCCCUUCACCAAUUUGGACUAUUUUGUGUAUGUCCAUUACAUGAAAUCCAAAUAAAUAUCAAUUUCAAUUACAGGUUGUAAUGCAACAAAAUAGGAAAAAUGCCAAGGGGGGUGAAUACUUUUGCAAGGCACUGUAUGUUAAGAAUUGCCAUUUGUACAAUAUAUUACAAUUAUUUUGUAUGAUAUUUUACGAAUUACAAUUAUUAUGAUAUGUUACGAAUUGCAAUUCGUGCCAUGUUACGAAUUUGCACAACGUAUGAUAUGUUACGAAUCCAAUUUGAUGUGACUAACAAUAGCUAGGUGGCUAACGCUAAUGUUAGCUAGGUGGCUAAUGUUAGCUAGGCUAGGGCUUAGGGUUUAAGGUUAGGGUUAAGGUUAGGAGGGUUAAGGUGAGGGGAAGGGUUGGCUAACAUGCUAAGUAGUUUCAAAGUAGCUAAAAAGUAGUUGCAAAGUUGCUAAUUCGCUUAAAUGCUAAAGUUGUCUGUGAUACGAUUCAAACACGCAACCUUUGGGUUGAUAGACGUUUGCGUUAUACGCCCACCCUUCCACCCCACUUUCAUUUAUGCCUUAAGUAACCUUCAGUCAUAUGCAACCACACCAAACGUAACAUACUGACUGUAUCAUACUAAUUUGAGUGUCCCGGAUUUAUGUUUACUAAGUUAUGUCUAGUCUAUGAGACCAGGCUGCAUCUCAAGAUAUUGUGAAAAUGUUUAGAAAAUGUGCCAGUUUCACCUCGGCUGCUUUUUCAGGUUUGAUUUGAUCUGCCUGUGCUGCUGUUAACUGAAUGUUAGAAUGUUAACUGAGUGUGUUUCUCUUUAGACCCCCCCCCCCCCCCCCCUUUGCGCAUCCAUGCAUGUGUCUUUCUCUGCAGACAUCCUGUCCUCCUUAGAAUGUAAACUGAGUGUUUCUCUUUUUCCACUCUCGCUCACUCUCUCUGCAGACUGCCUAUGCUGCUGUCAGAAUGUAAACCGAUUCUCUCUUUCUCUCUCUCGCUUCUUGCAGUCAUUGUGCUCUCCACAGAAUGUGAAUUGUCGGGACCUGGAGGGUCGUCACUCCACGCCGCUGCACUUCGCUGCCGGCUACAACCGUGUGGCGGUGGUGGAGUACCUGCUGCAUCAUGGGGCCGACGUCCAUGCUAAAGACAAGGGGUGAGUCUUUGGCUGGCUGGCUGGCUUGAUGGCUAGCUGGCUGGCUUGAUGGCUAGCUGGCUGACUGACUAUCUGUCUGGCCGGCUGGCUGGCUGACUGACUAUCUGUCUUUCUUUCUCACUCCCUAUCUGUCUGUCUGUAGCUGUCUAUUAGCUCAGGAAUCUAUAUCUGUCCAUCACAUAUCUCUACAGUGCUUUCAUCUUCUCUGCUCCACUGCUCCUUCACCCCCCAGAUGAUAUAGAAUCUCUAUCAAAUAUGUUAUGUCUCUGUAGUGUGCCCUCAGGCUACAUCUCUAAUAUUAGACCCUAGACAUUACACAGUAGGAGAGGCUCAUCUUAUAACCCUCCCUCCUCCUCUCUCUCCCCCCUUCUGACUUUCUCACGCUCUCUCCCCUUCUGUCUCUAUCUCUCUCUCUCCAUUGAUUUAUCUCUCUCCAUCUCUUUCAAUCCGUCUCUUUCUCUCUGUCUCUCUCUACAGAGGUCUGGUGCCCCUGCACAACGCCUGUUCCUAUGGUCACUAUGAGGUGGCUGAGUUGCUGGUGAGACACGGGGCGUCGGUGAACGUGGCAGACCUGUGGAAGUUCACUCCUCUCCAUGAGGCUGCAGCCAAGGGCAAAUACGAGAUCUGCAAGCUGCUCCUCAAGGUACUGUACACCACGGACCUCAGGCCUGUGGGACUCUAGAACAGAGUUUGUCUGUCAAAAUGUCUCUGGAGGCUAUCACACGCCUUCUCAACCCCUCUCUCUCUCUCUCUCUCUGUCUCUCUCUCUCUCUCUCUCUCUCUCUCUCGCUCUGUCUCUCUCCCUCUCUGUCUCGCUCUCGCCUCUCUCUCUGUCUCGCUCUCGCUCUCUCUUCGGUUCGCUCUCGCUCUCUCUCUCUCUGUCUCGCUAUCUCUCAUCUCUCUCUCUCUCUUGCUCUUGUCUCUCUCUCUUGUCUUCUCUAUCUCUGUGUAUCUCUCUCUCUAUAUCUCUGUGUCUCUCUAUCUCUAGUCUCUCUCUUUCUCGUUCUCUCUCUCUUGCUGUCUAUUGCUGUCUCUCUCUGUCUCGCUUCGCUCUGUCUCUCCUUCUCGCUCUCGCUCUCUCGCUCUGUCUCGCUCGCUCUCUCUUCAUCGUACGCAUAUCUCUCUCUCUCUCUCUCUUCUCUCUUCUCUCUGUGUCUCUCUCUUCUCUCUUCUCUCUGUGUCUCUCUCUUCUCUCUGCUGUGUUCUUUCUUGUCUUCUCUCGUUCUCUGUCCUCUUCUCUUGGUCUGCUUGUGCUGUUCUUCUGGUCGCUCUCUUAUCUCUCUCUUCUGUCUUGUCUCCUUCUCUAUCCUUCGUCUUACUCACAGUCUCUCUCUUCUCCCGGUUCGUCUCGCUCAUCGGGCCUUCUCGUCUGCCUCUCUCUCUGUCUCUCUCUCGCUCUCUCUCUCUCUCUCUCUCUUGCUGUCUCUCUCUUGCUGUCUCUCUCUUGCUGUCUCUCUCUCUCUCUCUCUCUCUCUCUCUCUCUCUCUCUCUCUCUCUCUCUCUCUCGCUCUCUCUCUCUCUCUCUCUCUGCUUAAAUACCUUUUACAGAGAGUUACUGUAGAAAGUCAUAACAGUUUAGUAAUUUUAUUUUAUCACAUGCUGAAGCCCAUUGGUAGUUAAAGACUGUUUAUUACGGCUGAAUAGCAGACAGGAAAAACACUUGUUUUAUGGCUUAUUUUCAUUACACCUCCGGUCAUGAUUUCAUCACUGGAGUGAGCAGGGUGUGUUAGUUUUUUCUUCCUCAUCUGGGCCAGUUUAUGUGACUUAUAAAAUAUGUGAAACAUGUGCGUCUGAGCUGUAAACUGGGGAGUUAUUUUUGAUUGCAUUAGCAUAUAAAAAUGCUAAGAGCUGCUGGAGCAUAUAACUUCCCGCCUCAUAGUUAGAGGGGAGAAGUGUUCGAUUAAACUUGAUGCACAUGAUAAGAAUAACCCCAUUGAACAAAUUACUUCAUCACCUCACUGAUCAAGCUACAUGAUUUCUGUCUGAAGAGACCUCGGUAGUCUAGUUUUAGAUGAGGAUAUUUUCUGAGUUAUUUCAAAUGUUCUUAUCACAAGCUUUCUCAACCUCUCUCUCUUUCUCACUUUAGCAUUUAAGAAACCAGCAACCAUGGGUUCACCAACCCAUAUUCACAAAAUAUUCAACUCUGCGUAACUGCAGCAGCCGAGAGGCAUAUAUUUCCUUGGUUUCAUGCCAUACAAUUAAAGCUAUACUCAGUGCUAUCCCUUAGCAAUACAUGACAAGCCUCUCUACUCUGGUGGUUCCCUCAGCAUGGGGCAGACCCGACCAAGAAGAACCGUGAUGGCAACACUCCUCUGGACAUGGUAAAGGAGGGGGACACGGACAUCCAGGACCUGCUGAGAGGAGACGCUGCCCUGUUGGACGCUGCGAAGAAGGGCUGUCUGGCCCGCGUCCAAAAACUCUGUAGCCCAGAGAACAUCAACUGUAGAGACACACAGGGACGCAAUUCCACCCCCCUGCACCUUGCAGGUAAGACUGGCCACCAAGAUAUAGCCAGGGGUACAUACAGAUGUGACUCACCCAGUUUGACUUCUGUUGCUAAAUAUCAAGUUCUGUUAACAAAUAACAGUGGCAGUUAUACUUGUCAAAAGGGCCAGAUUUGAUGAAUAGUUAAAUUACAUACCAUGUAGAGAGACCACUCGGUGUCCUGAGUAACAGGCUAAAGUAGGUGUGCUUAUGUGUUUACAAGCUGAAGCUAGGUGUGAUUGUAGACUCCCCCAGUGUGCCCAGAUGGUCGGCUGUUGGGCCAGUCUGCCCUCCCUGUGUCUGUGUGAAGCUGGGAGGCUGGAGCUCAUUGGAGGGGAACAAACAGCCACUCUAGGGAAUAGGGAACAGUCCCGGCCAGUCAACAGCUCAACAGCUGACCUGACACAACCCACACCACACCAUGUUUUACUACAAAAGAAAGAGAAAGCGGCAGCGCUCUGUCAACAGCGCUAUGUGCUUAUUAUCGGAUGGAUUAGGUUACAAAAUCAGACGUUUUGGAUAUAAUGUUAAUGAUAUGUUAGACCCCACUGAACAAUUCAGAACAUGAAGAAUCAUAUUUGUCUUGGUAAAAUGUUUUUUUUUAUAACAUGAGGAUGGGAUGUGAAAUUACAUCACCAAAGAGCGUUUUCACCCACUCUGGGCAGAGUGGGUGGACACCCUACAGUAUGAACUCUCUAGGUGGCGGAGGAGCAGAGUAGACUCCCCUCGUCUCACAUACUCGCACUCUUUCUACCACAACUUGUUUUCACAGUUAACUUAACACCUUCAGACAGCACAGGAUAAAUUAAGAUAGGGUGGAUGGUGAUUCAACCUAUUCAAUUUCAAUUGCUACCAUAACCUAAAACCACUUUUGAAUUACGUUUACAUGUAAUACUAGCACUAAAACUUACUGUCUGUUGUCUCAUUCAAUUCCUUUCUGAUAAUUAGAGGUCCGUGCCAGACCUGGGUUCAAAUAUAUGCGUUUGAUUAUUUGUUAUACGUAUGUUCUGUGUAUUUUAUAAUUUUCAAAUACUGUGGCCCGAAUCAUGGACUACCUUUAUUGGAUGUAUUUGAAAAUAGUUUCCAAAUACUUUCAUAUAAAUAUCCUACUAUUUUUAAGUACCUGGGUUAAAUGCAUGGGAGUGUAUUUGAGUCAAUCUAUUUUAGUAUUUUCAAAUACAUUCCAAUAUUCAACUACUUUUCUUUUUAAAUACAAAUAUAUAAAUACUUACUUUCAAAAGUCUUUGAAAGUAAUUGAAAUACCCUAAAUAGUAUUUGAACCCAGGUCUAGUCCAUGCUGCAGUGGAGUUUUCUGAGGUCUGUAGUGUCCAUAGCGCAGCAGCUUAAUUAUCGCCCUCAGCAGAACAACUCCAGUCAAACAUCCUUCUGCUUGGAGAGGUGUGUGAGAAGGGUGUGUGUGUCUAGUAGUGUGCGUGUGUGUGUCAAUGUACCAGACAGACAUCUCCCCUCACAUUCACAAAGUGAAGAGCUGAGGUGAACUGACCAGAGGAAAGGAGAGGAGAGGGGUGAGAGACCCAAUCUAGGAGAAUUACUUGAAUUAGCAGUCUCUGUAGUAAGAGAGAGUCUGAGAGUGAAAUACACACACCAAGAGCAGUGUGUGGAUCAGCAUUGGGCUGCAUUGGGCUGCUAAUAAUGAGUGUUAAUUAGACUAGGUCCUGGAGGGAAGCAGAGGAGAGGAGCAGAGAGGAGCGGAGCAGAGGAGUAAUGUGGAGGGGGUGGAGGAAGCGAGCGGUGCAGAGGGACAGAGAGGAGCGGUGCAGAGGGACAGAGAGGAGCGGUGCAUAGAGGAGAGGGGCAGAGAGGAGAGGUGCAGAGGGACAGAGAUGAACAGUGCAUAGAGGAGAGGGGCAGAGAGGAGAGGUGCAGAGGGACAGAGAGGAGCAGUGCAUAGAGGAGAGGGGCAGAGAGGAGAGGUGCAGAGGGACAGAGAGGAGCAGUGCAUAGAGGAGAGGGGCAGAGAGGAGAGGUGCAGAGGGACAGAGAGGAGCAGUGCAUAGAGGAGAGGGACAGAGGGGCAGAGAGGAGAGGUGCAGAGGGACAGAGAGGAGCAGUGCAUAGAGGAGAGGGGCAGAGAGGAGAGGUGCAGAGGGACAGAGAGGAGCAGUGCAUAGAGGAGAGGGACAGAGGGGCAGAGAGGAGCGGUGCAUAGAGGAGAGGGGCAGAGGGACAGAGAAGAGGUGCAGAAGGGGACAGAGAUGAGAGGGGUGGAGAGGAGAAUAGCAGUGGCGUCCACCACACCACGGCAGAACUGUAUUUAUUUCUCUAUUUCUGCUCAAUUUCUUACACAAUAAAUUGCUGCAGUGGCAUAGGGUCACUCCUGCUAUGAAGCUGAGCUCGUUUGAGACCUUUAAAGAAUACUGAAAAGUAGGGGUGUAACGAUCCAUCUACUACAUCGAUGUAUCGAUUUAUAUUCCUAUGAUCCAACUACAUCGAUCUGUGCUCGGCGAGUUGGCCUUUUGGACAACAUAUAUCAAUCUAACAUAGUUUUAAAAUGUAAUAAAUCGAUUGUAUCGAUACUAGGAAAUAACCCAUUGGAUUUAAGCACGUCAGACUUUAUAUGGAUGUUUUUUCUUAGCACUUUUAAUGAUAAAGGCUUUAAACAUUACUCGAUUCAGUCUGCCUAUCCGUGACGUCAUCGCCCCGCGCCAGCAGCAGCGCAAAGGCGCAAAGACAACAAAACAUAGCAUGGCGGACGACAGAGGAGAAGCCGACGAGCGAGAAAUUAUCAAGCCACCAUUGCGGUCCUUACAAGAAACAGGAAUCUAGGAAACUUCACCUGCACUGUCCAGUAUCCAGGUAUUUAUUUCAGUCACACUGGUUGAAUUUUUGGCUAAAAGGUUACUGAAUUGAUUUCAAGUCACUGAAUCGUUUCGGAUCGUAUCGUUCUAAAUGAACCAAUAUCGUCCUUGAAUCGUAUCGACAACCACGAAUCGUGAUACAAAUCGAAUCGUUGUUAAAACGAAUCGUUACACCCCUACUGAAAAGAAAAGAGGGAGAAAGAGAGGGAUUGAGAUACAAGUGUCAGAUGGAACACUGAGCCACAUGGUGCCAGAGUAACACUAGAAUGUGAGGACUAAAGGCACCAUUUUGCACUGUUUUCAUGGCAAUACAUAUGAGCACAUUUCUGUCUCUAUAUUAACCCAUUCUGUCUCUAUAUCAACCCAUUCUGUCUCUAUAUCAACCCAUUCUAUCUCUAUAUUAACCCAUGUUGUCUCUAUAUUAACCCAUUCUCUCUAUAUUAACCCAUUCUGUCUCUAUAUUAACCCAUUCUGUCUCUAUAUUAACCCAUUCUGUCUCUAUAUUAACCCAUUCUCUCUAUAUUAACCCAUUCUGUCUCUAUAUUAACCCAUUCUGUCUCUAUAUCAACCCAUUCUAUCUCUAUAUUAACCCAUUCUGUCUCUAUAUUAACCCAUUCUGUCUCUAUAUUAACCCAUUCUGUCUCUAUAUUAACCCAUUCUGUCUCUAUAUUAACCCAUUCUGUCUCUAUAUUAACCCAUUCUGUCUCUAUAUUAACCCAUUCUCUCUAUAUUAACCCAUUCUGUCUCUAUAUUAACCCAUUAUGUCUCUAUAUUAACCCAUUCUGUCUCUAUAUUAACCCAUUCUGUCUCUAUAUCAACCCAUUCUAUCUCUAUAUUAACCCAUUCUGUCUCUAUAUUAACCCAUUCUGUCUCUAUAUUAACCCAUUCUGUCUCUAUAUUAACCCAUUCUGUCUCUAUAUUAACCCAUUCUCUCUAUAUUAACCCAUUAUGUCUCUAUAUUAACCCAUUCUGUCUCUAUAUUAACCCAUUCUGUCUCUAUAUUAACCCAUUCUGUCUCUAUAUUAACCCAUUCUGUCUCUAUAUCAACCCAUUCUAUCUCUAUAUUAACCCAUUCUGUCUCUAUAUUAACCCAUUCUGUCUCUAUAUUAACCCAUUCUGUCUCUACAUUAUCCCAUUCUGUGUUUGUGUCCCCCCACAGCUGGCUACAAUAACCUGGAGGUAGCAGAGUACCUUCUGGAGCAUGGAGCUGAUGUCAACGCCCAAGACAAGGGGGGUCUCAUCCCCCUCCACAACGCUGCCUCUUACGGGGUGAGUACCAUAAUCUCAUCCCCCUCCACAAUGCUGCCUCUUAUGGGAUGAGUACCAUAACCUCAUCCCCCUCCACAACGCUGCCUCUUAUGGGGUGAGUACCUCAACUCAUCCCCCUCCACAACGCUGCCUCUUAUGGGGUGAGGACCAUAACCUCAUCCCCCUCCACAACGCUGCCUCUUAUGGGGUGAGGACCAUAACCUCAUCCCCCUCCACAACGCUGCCUCUUAUGGGGUGAGGACCAUAACCUCAUCCCCCUCCACAACACUGCCUCUUAUGGGGUGAGGACCAUAACCUCAUCCCCCUCCACAACACUGCCUCUUACGGGGUGAGUACCAUAACCUCAUCCCCCUCCACAACGCUGCCUCUUACGGGGUGAGUACCAUAACCUCAUCCCCCUCCACAACGCUGCCUCUUAUGGGGUGAGUACCUCACCUCAUCCCCCUCCACAACGCUGCCUCUUACGGGGUGAGUACCAUAACCUCAUCCCCAUCCACAACACUGCCUCUUACGGGGUGAGUACCAUAACCUCAUCCCCCUCCACAACGCUGCCUCUUACGGGGUGAGUACCAUAACCUUAUCCCCCUCCACAACGCUGCCUCUUAUGGGGUGAGUACCUCACCUCAUCCACAACGCUGCCUCUUAUGGGGUGAGUACCUCACCUCAUCCCCCUCCACAACGCUGCCUCUUAUGGGGUGAGUACCUCAACUCAUCCCCCUCCACAACGCUGCCUCUUAUGGGGUGAGGACCAUAACCUCAUCCCCCUCCACAACGCUGCCUCUUAUGGGGUGAGGACCAUAACCUCAUCCCCCUCCACAACACUGCCUCUUAUGGGGUGAGGACCAUAACCUCAUCCCCCUCCACAACACUGCCUCUUACGGGGUGAGUACCAUAAUCUCAUCCCCCUCCACAAUGCUGCCUCUUAUGGGAUGAGUACCAUAACCUCAUCCCCCUCCACAACGCUGCCUCUUACGGGGUGAGUACCAUAACCUCAUCCCCCUCCACAACACUGCCUCUUACGGGGUGAGUACCAUAACCUCAUCCCCCUCCACAACGCUGCCUCUUACGGGGUGAGUACCAUAACCUCAUCCCCCUCCACAACGCUGCCUCUUAUGGGGUGAGUACCUCACCUCAUCCCCCUCCACAACGCUGCCUCUUAUGGGGUGAGUACCUCACCUCAUCCCCCUCCACAACGCUGCCUCUUAUGGGGUGAGUACCUCACCUCAUCCCCCUCCACAACGCUGCCUCUUAUGGGGUGAGGACCAUGACUUCAUCCCCCUCCACAACGCUGCCUCUUAUGGGGUGAGUACCUCAACUCAUCCCCCUCCACAACGCUGCCUCUUAUGGGGUGAGGACCAUAACCUCAUCCCCCUCCACAACGCUGCCUCUUAUGGGGUGAGGACCAUAACCUCAUCCCCCUCCACAACACUGCAUCUUAUGGGGUGAGGACCAUAACCUCAUCCCCCUCCACAACACUGCCUCUUAUGGGGUGAGGACCAUAACCUCAUCCCCCUCCACAAUGCUGCCUCUUAUGGGGUGAGUACCAUAACCUCAUCCCCCUUCAGAACGCUGCCUCUUAUGGGGUGAGUACCAUAACCUCAUCCCCCUUCAGAACGCUGCCUCUUAUGGGGUGAGUACCUCACCUCAUCCCCCUCCACAACGCUGCCUCUUAUGGGGUGAGUACCUCACCUCAUCCCCCUUCAGAAUGCUGCCACUUAUGCGGUGAGUACCAUAACUUCAUCCCCCUCCACAACGCUGCCUCUUAUGGGGUGAGUACCUCACCUCAUCCCCCUCCACAACGCUGCAUCUUAUGGGGUGAGGACCAUGACCUCAUCCCCCUCCACAACGCUGCCUCUUAUGGGGUGAGUACCAUAACCUCAUCCCCCUCCACAACGCUGCCUCUUAUGGGGUGAGUACCUCACCUCGUCCCCCCCCCACAACGCUGCCUCUUAUGGGGUGAGUACCUCACCUCACCCCCCUUCAGAACGCUGCCUCUUACGGGGUGAGUACCAUAACCUCAUCCCCCUCCACAACGCUGCCUCUUAUGGGGUGAGUACCUCACCUCAUCCCCCUCCACAACGCUGCCUCUUAUGGGGUGAGGACCAUAACCUCAUCCCCCUCCACAACACUGCCUCUUAUGGAGUGAGGACCAUAACCUCAUCCCCCUCCACAACGCUGCCUCUUAUGGGGUGAGUACCAUAACCUCAUCCCCCUUCAGAACGCUGCCUCUUACGGGGUGAGUACCAUAACCUCAUCCCCCUCCACAACACUGCCUCUUAUGGGGUGAGGACCAUAACCUCAUCCCCCUCCACAACGCUGCCUCUUAUGGGGUGAGUACCUCACCUCAUCCCCCUUCAGAACGCUGCCUCUUACGGGGUGAGUACCAUAACCUCAUCCCACUCCACAAUGCUGCCUCUUAUGGGGUGAGUACCUCACCUCAUCCCCCUCCACAACGCUGCCUCUUAUGGGGUGAGGACCAUAACCUCAUCCCCCUCCACAACGCUGCCUCUUAUGGGGUGAGGACCAUAACCUCAUCCCCCUCCACAACACUGCCUCUUAUGGGGUGAGGACCAUAACCUCAUCCCCCUACACAAUGCUGCCUCUUAUGGGGUGAGUACCAUAACCUCAUCCCCCUUCAGAACGCUGCCUGUUACGGGGUGAGUACCAUAACCUCAUCCCCCUCCACAACACUGCCUCUUAUGGGGUGAGGACCAUAAACUCAUCCCCCUCCACAACGCUGCCUCUUACGGGGUGAGUACCUCACCUCAUCCCCCUUCAGAACGCUGCCUCUUAUGGGGCGAGUACCAUAACUUCAUCCCCCUCCACAACGCUGCCUCUUAUGGGGUGAGUACCUCACCUCAUCCCCUUCUUCUCCAUCCCAUGGAGCCCAAAAAGUAUUGACUACUGUAUUAUUUCUAACACCAGAAUUGUUGGUGUUGAAGGAAAGUGUGCCAGGUGGACAGCAGGUUUACUUACCAUUUACUGAGCCAAUCAGAGCUCCUCUCUACUCAUGUUCCCCCACAUGGCCUCCCUGUGCUUCCUCCUUAUGCCAAACACAAUUUGUUGUGUUCCUGAGUGUGAUGCAUUGUGGCGUGUGUGUAAAUGGUGUGAUGUAGAGGUCCCUCCAAGGCUGAAGGAGCUCAUCAACUUUUCAUACAACACUGCGUUUCAUAAUUCAUUUAGUAGGGAACCCUGGCGUGGCCUAGUGAGGGAGAUGCAGUGGAAACACUGGCUGAUAUGGAGAUGAUACUGAGAGUGGUCACAGAGGAAAAGAGAGAAAGACAGAGCACAGCAGCACUGACAGUAAACACUAUCUAGUCUAAAUCAAAUUAGCCAAGUAACUGUCCAAGCCACAAGCAAACCCUCUCCCAACCCAACCAAAGCCUCUCCCAACCUAAAUGAAACACUAUCUCAGGGAACAGCUCUGACCAUUGAGAUGACACAGAUGGGAAACUGUGCCAUUUGUUAAGCUAAUAAGCAGCACGAAUGGCCGUUGUUUUUGUUGUUUAUGCCAUUGUUUAGUCCAGCAGCAGUGUGUGGGGCCCUGGGGACAUGAUUAGGCCCAAGCAGGAAGCUCAGAGCAGGCUGCUGCUUGCAUAACAGUCCUGGGUUCUGGGACAGUUGUCAGUCCAGUCCAGCGCCCACCCUGCUGCCCCUUGGCAUGGGUCCUGAGACCUGCUCCUCCUCUUGCUGCUGUCUGCCAAUGUGCUGCUUUGACUGCCUGUGUGUGCGUGCGCUCUUAAGGCCCGUGGGUCGGCUGGCUGACCUUGACUGGGACUCACAGUGGCCCUACGGAAUACAGACGAUGAGUGGUGAUGAAUGUCAUUGGGGUCGGCUCAUUACAGCAUAGUGUGGGGGAGGAGUCUGGCGAGCCGGCUGAGUAGGGCAUGUCCAACCGACUAGCUCAGUGAGUUGUGAGUCAGAGCAUAGCAUGACUCUACAUUGCUGAGAUCUUAAAACGCAUUGACGCUUUCUGUAGAAACAAAAUGCACUAUAGCUUUCAGAUAGAGGUUGAUGUGGAUGGAUCUGUAAAUUCUCUGUCAAUAAGAGAAGCACAUGAUGAGUCAUGGAUUUAACUGAUUCACUCAUACAUUCAGAUUUAGCCUAACACGUUCCUGUUGUUUCUCCCUCAGCACGUGGAUAUAGCUGCUCUCCUGAUCAAGUACAACACGUGUGUGAACGCUACAGAUAAGUGGGCCUUCACCCCACUCCACGAAGCAGCUCAGAAAGGCCGGACCCAGCUGUGUGCUCUGCUACUGGCCCACGGAGCUGACCCUAGCAUGAAGAACCAGGAGGGACAGACGCCACUGGACCUGGCUACGGUACACACACACACACACGGAUAUACAGUGCCUUCGGAAAGUAUUCAGACCCCUUGACUUUUUCCACAUUUUGUUAUGUUACAGCCUUAUUCUAAAAUUGAUUAGAUUGAUGAGGAAAAACAAUCUACACACUACCCCAUAAUGAUAAAGCAAAAACAGGUUUUUAGAAAUGUUUGCUAAUUCAUAAAAAAAUAACACGGAUAUCAUAUUUACAUAAGUAUUCAGACCCUUUACUCAGUACUUUGUUGAUGCACCUUUGGCAGCCAUUACAGCAUCGGGUCUUCUUGGGUAUGACGUUACAAGCUUGGCACACCUGUAUUUAGGGAGUUUCUCCCAUUCUUCUCUGCAGAUCCUCUCAAGCUCUGUCAGGUUGGAGCGUUGCUGCACAGCUAUUUUCAGGUCUCUCCAGAGAUGUUAGAUCGGGUUCAAGUCUGGGCUCUGGCUGGGCCACUCAAGGACAUUCAGAGACUUGUCCCGAAGCCACUCCUUCGUUGUCUUGGCUGUGUGCUUAGGGUCAUUGUCCUGUUGGAAGGUGAACCUUCGCCCCAGUGAGGUCCUGAGCGCUCUGGAGCAGGUUUUCAUCAAGGAUCUCUCUGUAAUUUGCUCCGUUCAUCUUUGCCUCGAUCCUGACUAGUCUCCCUGCCGCUGAAAAACAUCCCCACAGCAUGAUGCUGCCACCACCAUGCUUCACCGUAGGGAUGGUGCCAGGUUUCCUCCAGACGUGACGCUUGGCAUUCAGGCCAAAGAGUUCAAUCUUGGUUUCAUCAGACCAGAGAAUCUUGUUUCUCAUGGUCUGAGAGUCUUUAGUUGCCUUUUGGCAAACUCCAAGCGGGCUGUCAUGUGCCUUUUACUGAGGAGUGGCUUCCGUUUGCCCACUCUACCGUAAAGGCCUGAUUGGUGGAGUGCUGCAGAGAUGGUUCUCCCAUCUCCACAGAGGAACUCUGGAGCUCUGUCAGUGACCAUCAGGUUCUUGGUCACCUCCCUGAUCAAGGCCCUACUCCCCCGAUUGCUCAGUUUGGCUGGGCGGUCAGCUCUAGGAAGAGUCUUAGUGGUUCCAAACUUCUUCCAUUUAAGAAUGAUGGAGGCCACUGUGUCCAUGGGCACCUUCAAUGCUGCAGACAUUUUUUGGUACCCUUCCCCAGAUCUGUGCCUCGACACAAUCCUGUCUCGGCGCUCUACGGACAAUUCCUUCGACCUCAUGGCUUGGUUUUUGCUCUGACAUGCACUGUCAACUGUGGGACCUUAUAUAGACAGGUGUGUGCCUUUCCAAAUCAUGUCCAAUCAAUUGAAUUUACCACAGGUGGACUCCAAUCAAGUUGUAGAAACAUCUCAAGGAUGAUCAAUGGAAACAAGAUGCAUCUGAGCUAAAUUUCGUGUCUCAUAGUAAAGGGUCUGGAUGUUUUAUUAAAAAAGAAUUUGCAAACAUUUCUAAUAACCUGUUUUCUCUGUCAUUAUGGGGUAUAGUGUGUAGAUUGCUGAGGAUUAUACUUUUUUUAAAUCCAUUUUAGAAUAAGCCAAAAUGUGGAAAAGUCAAGGGGUCUGAAUACUUUCCGAAUGCACUGUACGUGGAUACACACAUACGCGGAUAUAUACGGAUACAUACACAUUUGUAAUUACCUCAGGGAAUGACCUCUCUGCCUUGUAAUACUUUAAUACACAACCGUAGCGUGUUAUGAGGUCCUCACCGAUUUUAAUCAUGUUCUGAUUUUGAGAACUUUAGGCAAUUAAGACCUUCCUUCAGAUGAAUGAGCUAUAUGGUUUACUGUGUAAAUCAAUGAAUAUGUUUGUCAUAGUAUCAUCAUUACAUUGUCUGUUUCUUGUCUCCUCUCUCUCAGGCUGAUGACAUCAGAGCACUGCUGAUAGAUACCCUGCCCAGCUGCUUCAAGCCUCAGGCCACGGUGGUCAGCGCCUCAGUGGUCAGUGCAGCAGUCAUCUCUCCGGCGUCCACGCCCUCCUGCUUGUCUGCAGCCAGUAGCAUAGACAACCUGGCCGGGUCCCUCAGCGAGCUCACUGUGGCUGGAGCCACCGGGCCUGCAGAUGGAGCCACCGGGUCCGACAGGAAGGACGGAGAGAGUACGUAACCCCUCCGAGUUUUAUAUACAGUAUAAUAGAAUAUUAUACAGCUUUAUGUCCAGCCAAGGAUGGAAAUUUUUCUUUGGCAUCAACAGUGAUUCAAAUUACAUCACAUCAUACUCUUAUACAUAUGAGAAACAGUUAGCCUAAUUAUCUGAUUGUAUUUAAGCAGUUUUGUCUGUUUUGUGUUUCAUUCAACAGCCAUCUUAGACAUGAACAUCAGCCAGUUCCUGAAGAGCUUGGGGUUGGAGCACCUGCGCGACAUCUUCGAGAGGGAACAGGUAAAUGCACGUAUCCUAGUGGUCCCUGUAUGAGCCAAUCACUUUCACGUUUACUGUUGCCCAAUCACUCACACCACAAACCUAAAAUGCUAAACUCUCAAUCAAUCUGUCAUCCAUGCCUCUGCCUGCUGCUGGCCUUUUUACUGGAGCUUUACUGGAGCUUUCCACAGUCAGUCAGUCAGUCAGUAGUAUUGCCUGCCUGUCUCAUCCAUAGAGACAGAUCAUCUCACUCCGAGUCAAGCUGAAGUCCGACUUUACCGUGCUGCAUGACCAGACACUGAAAUUACCCAACCUGAGGAGCAGAGGACGGGAUGGGGAGGGGGCGGAGGGAGGGAGGGAGGGAGGGAGAGGGAGGGAGGGGAAGGAGGGCGGAGAGGGAGGGGGAGGGAGGGAGGAGAGAGAAGAGAGAGAAGAGAGAGAGAGAGAGAGCGAGAGGGGAGAGGAAGAGAGAAGAAGAGGAGAGAGACGAGGAGAGUCAGAGAGAAGAGAGCGAGGACGAGAGAGAGGGGGAGAGAGAGAGAGAGAGGAGAGAGAAGGAGGAUAAGAGGGAGGGAGGAGAGAGAGAGAGAGGAGAAGAGAGAGCGAGAGGAGAGAAAAGAGGAGGAGAGAGAGAGAAGGAGAGAGGAGGAGGAGAGAGAGAGGGGAGGAGAGAAGAGAGAGAGGAGGGGGAGAGAUGAGAAAAGGAGAAGAGGAGAGAGAGAAAAGAGAGGAGGAGAGAGAGAGAGAGAGAGAGAGAGAGAGAGAAGAGAGAAGAGAGGUAAGAGAGGGGGAGAGAGACGAGAGAGGAGGAGAGGAGGAAAGAGAGGGGAGAGAGAGAAGAGAGAGAGGAGAGAAGAAAAGAGAGAGAGAGAGGGGAGAGGAGAGAGAGAGAGAGAGAGAAGAGAGAGAAGAGAGAGAGAGGAGGGGAGGAGAGGAGAAGAGAGAGAGAGAGAGAGAGAGAGAGAGACCCGGAAGAGAGGAGGGGAAAGGGGAGAGCAAAGAGUAGAGAGGAGAAAAGGGGAGAGAGAGUAGGAGGAGAGAGAGAAGAGAAACAGAGAUAUAGAGAGAUGAGUAAGAAAAGAUAAACGAAGAUACUAUAAAUUAUAUCUUAGAUCUCUAUCUCUAUCGCUCUAUCUCGCUCUCUCUCUCUCAUCUCUAUAUCUCUCUCUCUCUCUCUCUCUCUCUCUCUCUCUCUCCCUCCCUCCCUCUCCAAGUGCCCUGUGUCUCCUGGUCUCCAGCAGGGUAGUUUAGGCUGACCUCUUCAUCCCACUGCUGAUUAGUUUUAGGGGGAAUGUUCCACGCAGAGCGGCGUGUGGCGUUGGGAGUGUGUGGAGCGCCAUGCCAGGUGAAAUCAGGCUGGGGACACGGUAGUGAUGCUGGGACAGAGAGGGCUGUCAUUUACACAUAGAUGAGUCCCUACAGCGAGGAGCAGAGGGAGGAGGUCUGGAGAGGAGAGCAAAUCAGACCUGAUUUAACCUUCCUGUUCAGAAUCAGAGUAGCCUGGCUAGGAAAGAGCUAGAGAGAAGUAACAUGAAGGAGGGGGUGGGGGGGAGUCACUGCUAAAGGAGAAUGUUUCAGUCAUUCGGAUGUGGGAGGAGCUUAUGAGAUGUAUGUGAAGUCAUUUGUUCUCGUACCAUAUUUGUUCCUUACCAUUAUCACAUCUGUAUCCUAGUCACAUAUGUGGGUGGUUCCUUUUCCUGAUUGAUUAGACAGGGCCACCGCCCUGGUGGCCAGUGUGUGACAGACCUGUCAUACGUGUGAAGGAUAGCCAAGGAUGAGGCUCUUUGAGAUUGGGAGUGUGAGAGAGAGAAAGAUAAUUCAGGGGAUAUUUGCUCAGUGAAUAAAAAAUGAAGGGUCCCCCACACUCAGUCACUAACACACCCCAUGCUCACACCACAGCCUCUACAUACAGUCUCAACGUUAUACUCUCUCUAUGAUCGUGUGAGCGUUUGUUUAUUUGUCCAUAUUUGAAGGUGUGUGUUUUGAGUGGGCUGGAUGAUGAUGAUGUUGUAUGCUGCUGUGAAUAAGGAUUCUCCAGUGUGGUUGAUCAGUGAACAUGCAGUUUAGUAGUGAGUCACCCAUUUAAAUCCCUCUCUUCUCCUCCUUCACUGGCUAAGUUUAUCCCCUCAUUGGGUGGAGUGAUUUUACACAACUCACUGCACUGGCUGGAUGACUGAGGGUUUCCACUGAGAGAGAGAGAGAGCUCUAAACCUGACUCAUAUCUUGGUACAUAUGGGUCAUGGUAGGCUGCAAAAAGGGCUAGAAGAAGGGGCCCAGCGACUAUACUUUAAUAAGAGAUGAGAGCAAAACGAAAUUGAAAAUAAAUCCAAAAUAUACAUUUUAAUGGAAUUUUAAGUGUUCCGAUUUGUCAUUCCAAAUGUCACAUUAGCAGUAGACGGUGACUUGCUGUUCUCUGCACUGUUAGUGUCCCUUGGUUCUUAUGAUAUUAUGUUUGGCUGUGUUUAGGACAGGCUGUCCUCUGCCCCUGCUCUGGUUGGCUGAAUGUGCUCUGUUUCCGUGUAGAUUUCGCUGGAUGUCCUGGCUGAUAUGGGCCACGAGGAGCUGAAGGAGAUUGGGAUCAACGCCUACGGUCACCGCCACAAACUCGUCAAAGGCGUGGAGAGACUCCUGGGAGGACAGCAAGGUCAGAGAGCCAGAGCUCAGCCAAGAUACUGCCUGCUGGAUCAUAUCCAUAUUACAUUCAUCUUAUCCCUUAUUGAUUUCUUAUAAAACGGCCUUAUUGGCCACACUGGCUUAUUGACAAGAGUUCAAUGUUAUUCAGGAGGACUGUUUAACCUCUUAUGAAACAACAGAUGACACUGCUGCUAACCCAUACCUGAUGUCUCUCAGUACAACCUCCUACUUAUAGAACAUCGCCUAUAGCGCUGUUACUGUGGUUUCUCAUUUGUUGUUGUUGUUGUUGUUGUGUUAUUAUCCCACUGCUCCAGGUGCUAACCCGUACCUGACGUUCCACUGUGCCAGUCAGGGUACGGUGCUCAUAGACCUGGCCACUGACGAUAAGGAGUUCCAGUCUGUAGAAGAGGAAGUAUGUACUCUACAUCAUUAUCUGGAAUGGAAACAUUGUUGAUUCACUGAUGGGGCCAGUAGAUCUCUGUCUUCAGACUGAUGAUAGGUGCCCUGUGCAGUACUCUCCCCUUUCUGACCCUAGCUGUGUGUAUCUGCUUGCAGUUGCAAAGUACGAUCCGAGAGCACCGGGACGGAGGCAACGCAGGUGGGGUCUUCAGCAGGUACAACAUUCUAAAGGUGAGUCGUAGGCACCUGGAGAGGAGACAACCUCCCCAAAUCCCUUUUUUGUCCUCAAUAAACACCUCUUUGUGGAAGAUUUUAGCAUGUGGGUAGUUCUGUUGUCUCUGUAGCUGUGUAUGAGUCUGACUGUGUGUGCUCUGUCUGUCUGUAGAUCCAGAAGGUGGUGAAUAAGAAGUUGAGGGAGAGGUACUCACACAGACAGAAAGAGAUUGCUGAUGAAAACCACAACCAUCACAACGAACGCAUGCUUUUCCACGGUAAGUUACCAGUACCUCUGCAGGCUUUCCUGUCAUUUCUGGUGAAGAAACACAAUGGGUUCUCUGUUAUAACGUCUAUGCUGAAUUAGUUGAUUUUGACAUCGAUCUUUCCUCUCCUUCUCUUCCUCUCCUCUGUCAGGUUCUCCAUUCAUCAACGCUAUCAUACAUAAGGGUUUUGACGAGCGGCAUGCCUACAUCGGAGGCAUGUUCGGAGCGGGCAUCUAUUUUGCAGAGAACUCCUCCAAGAGUAACCAGUACGUGUAUGGGAUAGGAGGGGGCACGGGCUGCCCCACACACAAAGACCGCUCCUGCUACAUCUGCCACAGGUCAGACUCACUCCAGACAAUCCUUAAUAAUAUGUGUGAUGUGUAGUCUGUGUACUGCAGGCAGAGGCUGUUGUGUGUAUGCUGGUAUUAUAAUCCGUAUGGUCUGUGUGGUGACGUGUAUUGCAAGCCGUUGUAUGUGGUGUUCUGAUGUGUGUGUGUGUGUGUGUGUUAUGAAUGAAUUCAAGUUGUGUGUAGUAUUCUGAUGUGUGUUAGGUUGUUUAUUACAGGUGUUUGUGUGUUGGGUUGUUGUGUGUUGCAGGCAGAUGUUGUUCUGCAGAGUGACCCUGGGCAAGUCCUUCCUCCAGUUCAGUGCCAUGAAGAUGGCCCAUGCCCCCCCUGGACACCACUCGGUAAUCGGCCGGCCAAGCGUCAACGGACUGGCAUACGCAGAGUAUGUCAUCUACAGAGGAGAACAGGUCAGUCUAAAGGUGUCAGCAUGCUUCAGUUCGGCUGGCGCUUAACCGAACUCAGCUAGGCGAACCGAACGAGUGUGCUUGCAUACUCCCUUAAAAUACUUUUGCUUGUAAUACGAGAAAAAAAGCGGCAAUAGAACUGUUUGUCCAUAUUGAGACGCUGUAGAAUAGAAUAGUCCGAAUUAAUCUAAAAUAACUCAAGAAAUCUGUCAUUAAUUAUGUUUUUGCCGAGGAGAUCUUAGUCACGCAAUUUUACAUCUAACUAAGAUGUUUGGUGCAGUAUUUCUCAAGUGAAAAAAUGUGCAUGAAAACGAUUAGUUGAAGAAUCCCUACUGUUGACCAAUCACUGACGAAGGGGUGUAAUAAUAAUAAUCAUAAUUAGUGUAGACUUCGGCUUGCCUCAAUCAUUUUUUGGGUGUGCACGAACAGCUGGAAAAACCCUUGCCAAAGACCAAAACGAACAAAAACAUCACAAAAUUUCAUCAUAAUAUAUACACAAACUGUUCCAAACUGUUUGGAAUGGGAAGCAUGUGGACGCCUACACACACCCAAACACACCCAUGACAAUAACUUGUCUGUCCUGUCCCACUGUAUUCCUCAGGCAUACCCAGAGUACCUCAUCACGUAUCAGAUCCUGAAGCCAGAGAGCACACCCUCCCCCACAGCCGGAGCAGAACAGAAGACCUAGUCCAGACUCAACCAGACCAACUCACACCCAUCUUUACUGGGAGAGAACCAACCACAGAGACUGUUACCCAAAACACUACUUCGCACAUUCUGGGCAGAGCCGGGACGAACUUCAGCCCCUUAAAUUAACUCCACACCCCUGGAAAGAUGUCUUUCCUCCUCUUUUUUUUUCUAUUUCACUCACUAUAAAUGACUAGUUCCUCACAACCACAACCAUUUCUUUUCCCAAAUGUUUUGUUUUGAUUUUUUCCCUCGUCCUUCUUUAGUGUUUACUUGAAAAUGUUGCCUUCACUGGGAAUCGUCUCUAGAGUCAUGUUGUCGCCUCCCUAGUGCCCAUGCUCCCAGGUCUCUCUCAUGGUUUCCCUUGGUGAUUGUUGUCACUGGUUACGGCCAAAUAGAGAGAACCAAGUGGAUAAGGUUUAUGUUAGGACAGACAUGGGGACUCAAAGCUCAUUGGUUAGUGGUUAAGGUUAGAGGUGGGGACUCAAAGCUUAUUGGUUAGUGGUUAUGGUUAGAAAUAGGGGACUCAAAGCUCAUUGGUUAGCGGUAAGGCUCAGAGAUAAGGACUCUUGCCAGUCUGCCUUUACCUGAGUGAUAGCUACCCCAGUGAAACAUGGCAGAGACUCCUCUACCUAUCCCUCAGACAGGGAUUUGUAGGUAAAGAUCAGGGUGGAUGUACUAGUAUGCAGUAUACUAGCCUCAGUCCCAGUCCUGUGUCUUCAACAAGCCUGGCAAGGGAAGCUGCUGUACACAGACCCCAGACCCAGGUCAUGUGACUGAAAAAACAACCAAUAACCUCUCCCUUUCCGUUCCAGCACACACUUUUUUUUUUUUAGCUCAUCAAAGCAUUACACUUCAUUUAUCCUAUUAGCUCUGUAUUAUUUUGUGAUAUUUCCAUGAUUGUUUUACUUAAUUGUUUGGACUUUGUUUUUAAAGAUGAUGUGUAAAGUGUAUAAUGGGACCAUGUCACAAUGGGGACCAGACCUAGAGGUUUUUGACCCCUUUGUUUUUUAAAGUUGAGAUGAUAUAUGAUAUUCCUCUCUGGGACCAUUAGGGGAUUCCUCUCUGUUACUGGAAUUGGGAUAUCCUCAGAAAGGUUUCAGAUUGGGACAGAAAUUGAGUUAAGUGAGAAAGUAAAGCAAGCUAUGAGACAUUUAUUACUAUUAUUAUAACAUUACUUUGCACAAGAAAACACUGAACAUCUGACUUUUCAUGACCAUUUCCCAUCCAGUCAAACUCAUCUUUUAAUGGAUUUGCACUUUUAAACGGGAAUGAUUUUUAAGUUAUUGAAAAUAACGUUGAAAAAAAGAUGUCCGGUAUUGUAGAGUGUGUAGCAGAUGAUGCCUUUGUUAUAGCUCACCAUGUUGGUAACAGAUGAAGAGUGGGCUGGAUUAGUACUGUAAAUUAAGUGGGGGUUUUGUGGAACUUCUAUGCUAAAAAAAAAAAUGUGUGGGGAUGUAAGGGAUUUUUCAGUUGAGUAAGUUGCUCUUAAGACUAACUGUUUGCAGCUGUUUUUCCGAUCUCUUUCUUGGUCAGUCUGCCACAUUCAUCCCUCUGCUCGGUGUCCUCUUUGAGAAGUAAACAAUAACUUUUCUUUCUUCCUACUGGAUUUGUUAACCAUCCUCUGGGAAAUAACAGUUUGAAGCGACAGAAGAAGCAAUGGCUGGUUUGAAUGCCACAUCCUGUAGUCUGUAUUGGAGGACAGUGUCUCUGUCCUUACUCUCACUAGCUGGGCUCUCUCUGCAUCUUGCCGGUGUGGUGCUGUGCUUUCCCUGCUGUUUCAGAUACCACCUCCAGAACUGCCUGCGCUUUGACCUGGAUGUUAACCCAUCCAUUUCUUACAACCUGGAGUGAUUCCCAAAUGGCACCCUAUUCCCUAUAUAGUGCACUACUUUUGACCAGUGCCCUACUUUUGACGAGUGCCCUACUGGCCCUGGUCAAAAGUAAUUAACUAUAUAGGGAAUAGGGUGCUAUUUGGGACUGAACCCUGGUCUUAAAGGAAAAUACCAGUCGAAAACUAUAUUUUGGUAUUUGUUUCAUUAUUCUACUGUUGAUAGUUCCUAAAUGUUUUGCAUGUCAGCAAUCAAGUUUUCAAGAUAUAGAACUUUCAAAAUACAGAACGUGGCCCAGUAUGAAGCGUUUCGCAACAGUGGACUAAAGAAGCAAAUACCAAAAGAUAGUUUGACUGGAAUUUUCCUUUAAUCUCCACUCUUUUCUUCAGACCAACACCUGGAGAGAGCCUCGCUGCCUCUUACUUACUUCCUACUACAGUUCUUAUCGUAUUUUUUUCACAAUUGUAUUUUGUUUUCCUGGUGCUGAAAAGAUCCUUCAAUGAAUGACCCACUGACUAUCAUGUACCACAGCUGAUCUGGAGACUAAUGUAAUACUCCACAGUGUUGUAAAGAAGUAUUAAUAAAGUACAUAACUGUUCACAUCCAACCAAUGCCUCUUCCUUGCUACUUUUCUUACAAUUAAAGUAGUUCACUGAAGAUUGUUUUGUCAGAAUUUUAGACUGAAUGGCUUUUGUUGAAGUUGAAUGUUCCGCUAGAGGAGUAUGGCCUUGUAUUGACUACAGCUUAUUUUUCUUUAAACCCAACACUACAUACUGAUACUGUACAGGACAUUAAUGGAAAUGUCCAGAGGAAAAAUGUACUGCCACUGUGAAACAGUACUGGCUGUGCUAUGCAUUCCUAUAGACAGGAAUUUGUUUUCAGUGAAGUGUGGGAGAUGAAUAGCUGUGAGGACAGAGUUGACCAUUACCUCAGCGAUCACCUGCAGGAAAAGAUGUCAAGCUUCUCAUUCAGGAGGCCGAUUAGAAAUCAGUCGAUCAAAACAAGCAAUCUAUCCAUUCAAAACAAGCAAUCUAUCAUUGUCAAACAGAGCUAAAUUGUGUUCUCUGCUAGAUGAUGUGGAUGGCACUAGAGCAGGGCUCGGUUUCCCGAUAGCGAUGGAAUUUAGGCUUACGACUGUUUUAACGACAGAUCUUUUCUACAAUGGCCGAAGAUGUAACAUGCGUUUCCCAAAACAACGCGCUGGCAGCAGAGAAAAUGGUCACUAAGUGUGUCGUUGGAGCAUGUGUAGCUACUGAUAGGAUCGAAAUAAAGUGAGCGCUGCUUUUAGAUCAGCUCUAUCCAUUCAAAUCUUAUAUUAACAUUCUAAUUAUGUCACAAUACUGAUGACGGAUAAGCUCCUAGAGAGAUACACCACAUGACCGAAAGUAUGUGGACACCUGCUUGUCGAACAUCUCAUUCCUAAAUCAUGGGCAUUAAUAUGGGGUUGAGGUCAGGGCUCUGUGCAGGCCAGUCAAGUUCUUCCACACCUAUCUCGACAAACCAUUUCUGUAUGGACCUCGCUUUGUGCACAGGGGCAUUGUCAUGCUGAAACAAGAAAGGGCCUUCCCCAAACUGUUGCCACAAAGUUGGAAGCACAGAAUCAUCUAGAAUGUCAUUGUAUGCUGUAACGUUAAGAUUUCCCUUCACUGGAACUAAGGGGCCUAGCCUGAACCAUGAAAAAACAGCCCUAGACCAUUAUUCCUCCUCCACCAAACUUUACAGUUGGCACUAUGCAUUGGGGCAGGUAGCGUUCUCCUAGCAUCCGCCAAAUCCAGAUUUGUCCGUCGGACUGCCAGAUGGUGAAGAGUGAUUCAUCACUCCAGAUAAUGCGUUUCCACUGCUCCAGAGUCCAAUGGCGGCAAGCUUUACACCACUCCAGCCGACGCUUGGCAUUGCGCAUGGUGAUCUUAGGCUUGUGUGCUGCUGCUCAGUCAUGGAAACCCAUUUCAUGAAGCUCCUGACGAACAGUUAUUGUGCUGAUGUUGCUUCCAGAGGCAGUUUGGAACUCUGUAGUGAGUGUUGCAACCGAGGCCAGACAAUUUUUUUCUGUCGUUAGUUCGUAGCCUAAGCUUUACGUCCUAACUGUAGCCCUUCAGCACUCGGUGGUCCUGUUCUUUGAGCUUGUGUGGCCUACCACUUCGCGGCUGAGCCGUUGUUGCUCCUAGACGUUUCCACUUCACAAUAACAGUACUUACAGUUGACCGGGGCAGCUCUAGCAGGGCAGAAAUUUGACGAACUGACUUGUUGGAAAGGUGGCAUUCUAUGACGGUGCCACGUUGAAAGUCACCAAGCGCUUCAGUAAGGCCAUUCUACUGCCAAUGUUUGUCUAUGGAGAUUGCAUGGCUGUGUGCUCGAUUUUAUACACCUGUCAGCAAGGGGUGUGGCUGAAAUGGCCUAAUCCACUAAUUUGAAGGGGUAUCCACAUACUUUUGUAUAUAUAGUGUAUUACCACCUACGCCUGCAAAUAUUGAGGCGGUUUAUUCUAAUGCUUAUCCAAUUUUUUAAAAAUGCACUAAAAGUUUGGAGAUUUAACGAUAUGCUCCUACGAAGGUUCUAAUGAUGAAUUUAGCCUUAAAAUGCUUUUGGAAAAACCGGGCCCUGGGCUGUUUAGCACAGAUUAUCCAUUAUAUUGAACAGGGCCCGGUUUCCCAAUAGUGAUGGAAUUUAGGUUUAUGAGUGUUUUAGUCCAAAGAUGUCACACAUUUCCCAAAACACCCUGCAGUGCACUUGUUACAAAGUGAAACUUAACUGUGUCGUUACAGGAGCUGUCCCAUGCUGAAAAUUAUUCCAGAUUAUAAACUGGGGGUUCGAGCCCUAAAUGCUGAUUGGCUGACAGCCGUGGUAUAUCAGACCGUAUACCAGGGGUAUGACAAAACAUGUAUUUUUACUGCUCUAAUAACUUUGGUAACCAGUUUAUAAUAGCCGUGGUAUAUUGGCCAUAUACCACACCCCCUCGUGCCUUAUUUCUUAAAUAUAAACUAGAGCUCACUGUAGCUCUUAAAUGAUUUAUGACUAUUCAAAGUAAUAUUUUUUUUUCAGAUACAGUUUUCCCAUAAAGAGAUAAAAAAUAUUCUGUAGCCUUGUAUGCAUGUAAGUGUUUGUAUUAUAUGUUUGUCAUUUGGUAUGCUAACUGUUCUCGUGCUAUUUUGAAUGCAAUGUUUGAUUAUGUAAAUUCUGAAUUUCUUCAGUUUGUAAACUGUGAGCAAUAAUAAAUCAUGCAAAAGUCAAAGUUGCUCGUUCUUUCGUUAGAUAUAGAAAAUAUCAAUGUGACCUAAAAAUAGGAUAUGAUGACAAUGGUUUUCGUAAUUGCUCAACAAAUCAUUGUAGCCUAAAGGCUGGCAGGAAUUGAGCUUCAAAUAGGCCUACAGAUAUUCUGCAAUUAAACAAAUAAAAUAGGCUAAUUAACCAUGAAGUAGCAAGUUAAGCGACGUUGCCAUAGACCUAAUAUGUUGACCUUUAGAUUAUUGGUUCGGCUACAGUGAAAUGCUUAAGCUUUUAGAUAAUAUGGCCUGUAGGCCUAAUAGAUACGAAUAUUGAAGCGGCUCCGACAUAAUGAUCUAACGGCUUAAUAAUACUAGGUAGGUCUAUCGAUUGCACAUAAAUCUAAGUAAUGUUAAUAUUUUUGCCUAAAUCUAGUUUUUUUUAAAUGUAUUCUUGCUUCACUUGUUUAUAAUAACAUUGCAAACUUUAUAUUAAACUAUGACGUUUUCGGCGGUCACAGAGAGACAGAUAAACAUCUUAAUUCUAUGUUUAGUGUAUAUUUUAUGUGUGUAAAGUGACGCUGGAGGGCAAACGGUGAUCUAACCACGUACUUAACUGUUCUUACUAGUGGUCUGAGGCUGGCGUUAGAUUUAAAGUGCAACGUUAAUAAAGUCGGUUUUGGGAAACGGCUCGGAAAUGUCAAGAUGCUCUUAGGUCCUCUUAUGAGGUUCUAACGAUUAAUUUUGGAUGAUUUUGGAAAACCGGCCACAAAUACUCCAGUGGCUGCCCUAACAAUGAAAAUAAAUGUCUUCAAAAAAUGGAAGGCAGUUGGGAGGAGGCAAGAUCAGCUGGGACCAUUAUAGCCAACGAGAGGGCAUAUACGCGUGUGAAGAACAGGCACAACGGUUUCCACUAGUUACCACAAACACAGUCAAAAUUGUCUUUAUCUUAAAAAUUCAUGAAAACAAAAAUUGGUUUUUGGUUUUAAUUUAAGGUUAGUAUUAGGCAUAAGGUUAGCAGUGUGGUUAAGGUUGGGGUUAGGUUUAAAAUCACAUUUUAAGAAAAUCAAUAGUAGAAAUAGGCGGGGUUUAUGACUUUGUUGCUAUGGUAACUAGUGACGACCAGGCGCAACUCCGAUACAAAUAGUUUUUUUCUCAAAGUUGCCGGUGUGUCACGUGUCACAUAUAACAACCUAAUAAUUACGAAACUUCUAUUUGAUCAAAUAAGCCACACGUAGCAAAUAAUCCAUUACAUUUUUUGUUAUCCAAAUUCAACACUUUCUCAUUGACCUCCAUACAAAAACAGCUCGCCUGGCACCUUCUGGGGAAGAUAGAUUUUGGGACCAGUUAUCACCUUUGCUUCGCGUCUUUCUCUCUGGCAUUAGUCCCUUAUUAGGAGGAGAGGAUGAGAACCAGAAGUGUUUCGUCCCUCCAGGACCAACAUGAACAGCCCUGCACUAGAGCUUGUUAGAUGUGUGUAUAUUAUGCAUAGUGUAUAGGCCUAUAUACUUAUAGGGAGGGGAUUUGCUCACGUCUGUGAAGUAGCAUUUGAUUAAUACUUAUAAUCUGACAGAAUGGAAAACAAUAAUGAAAUCGAUGUAUUAUAGCGUGUGUUUUUGUCAUCUAAAUGGCUAGGCUCCAGGUAUAAUCCCCAUGGUAUCAUCAUUAUACCCAACACCUACAAUGUGACUUCUAUGGAGACAUUUAUGAGGAUGUAGAAUAUUAAGAUCGCCCACUAGGGGGUGCUAUAACCCUACACUUAUGUUAGGAAAUGCAACACAGCUCCUCGAACGAUUUUUUCAGACAGGACCGGACCUAGACCAGGUGAUGAACAGACCAUCACAAUCCAUUACGCUUUGCCGCAAAGAUUGCUGUAUUGUCUAAGGCUGGCUAAAUCUAAACACCAGCCUUUUAUCUUUGUGAGAUCGCUUAGUAGUAGGCCUUUGAUUAUUUUGACAUCAUUACCUGUGCUUGCAUUUAUGAUCUUGUGAUUAGAACAAACACAUUUUUUAAAAACUCAAGGUUGUAUUUAAAUAUGAGUCAUCAGCCUGCUUGGUGUAAUAAGAUGUAGGCCUAUUUAAAUAUAAAGAAUAACCCCACUAUGUACAUUGUGUUGUGUUACAGCCUGAAUUCAAAAUGAAAAAAUAAAAAUACACCCAUCUAAACACAAUAACCCAUAAUGACAAAGUGAAAAAAUGUUUUAGACAUGUAUUGAAAAUGAAAUAAAGAAAUAUCUCAUUUACAUAAGUAUUAACACCCCUGAGUCAAUACAUAUUAAGAAUCACCUUUGGCAGCGAUUACAGCUGUGAGUCUUUCUGGGUACAUCUCUAAGAGCUUUGCACACCUGGAUUGUACAGUAUUUGCACAAUAUUAUUUUUUAAAUUCUUCAAGCUCUAUCAAGUUGGUUAUUGAUCAUUGCUAAACAGCCAUGUUCAUGUCUUGCCAUAGAUUUUCAUGCCGAUUUAAGUAAAAGCUGUAAUUAGGCCACUCAGGAACAUUCAAUGUCGUCUUGGUAAGCAACUCCAAUGUAGAUUUGGCCUUGUGUUUUAGGUUAUUGUCCUGCUGGAAGGUGAAUUUGUCUCCCAGUGUCGGAUGGAAAAUAGACUGAACCAGGUUUUCCUCUAGGAUUUUGCCUGUGCUUAGAUCUAUUCAGUUUCUUUUUAUCAACAAAAAAAACUCCCUAGUCUUUAACGAUGACAAGCAUACCGAUGACAUGAUGCAGCCACCACCAUACUUGAAAAUAUGUUAGAGUGGUGCUCCGUGAUGUAUUGGGUUAGCCCCAAACAUAGCACUUUGUAUUCAGGAAUAAAGUUGAUUUCUUUGCCACAUUUUUUUGCAGUUUUACUUUUUUUAUUUUAUUUUAUUUCACCUUUAUUUAACCAGGUAAGCCAGUUGAGAACAAGUUCUCAUUUACAACUGUGACCUGGCCAAGAUUGUCAAGGUUGAGUGUAGAUGUGGUGUGGAAUCAAGCGCAGGACACACAGAGGCUUCGUACUAGCGUCUUUAGUGAAGACAAAAAAGAACAAGCCAAACACGGCUAAAUACAACCUGGCAGGCAAGCGAACUUUACGCACACCGGUAAAGUACAAACAAAAGGCACACACUGUGCGGAACUCUCUUCAAAAACAACACAGAGAGAAUAAACGAACUAGCAUCCCAAAAUGACACAAACAAUUACACACAACACAUGACAAAACCCAAGAGAACUUAUAGGACGCAUAAUUAACACUAACAAGGAACAGGUGUAACAAAACAGACAAAACCAAACAAACAUCGAAACAUAGAACGGUGGCAGCUAGUACUCCGGAGACGACGACCGCCGAAGCCUGCCCGAACAAGGAGAAGGAGCAGCCUCUGCCGAAACCGAGACAAAGAUAAAGCAAAGCAGUGCGAUAAAAACAACAACACAGAGUUACAUAUGGGGUAAACAAAACAUAAAGUCAAAAAUACAACAGAAAAUAUAUAUACAGUGUGUGCGAAUGUAGUAAGUUAUGGAGGUAAGGCAAUAAAUAGGCCAUAGUGCAAAAAUAGUUACAAUUUCGUAAUUAACACUGGAAUGAUAGAUGUACAAAAGAUGAUGUGCAAAUAGAGAUACUGGGGUGCAAAUUAGCAAAAUAAAUAACAAUAUGGGGAUGAGGUAGUUGGGUGGGCUAAUUUCAUAAUGGCUGUGUACAGGUGCAGUGAUCGGUAAGCUGCUCUGACAACUGACGCUUAAAGUUAGUGAGGGAGAUAAGAGUCUCCAGCUUCAGAGAUUUUUGCAGUUCGUUCCAGUCAUUGGCAGCAGAGAACUGGAAGGAAUGGCGGCCAAAGGAGGUGUUGGCUUUGGGGAUGACCAGUGAGAUAUACCUGCUGGAGCGCAGACUACGGGUGGGUGUUGCUAUGGUGACCAGUGAGCUAAGAUAAGAAGGGGAUUUGCCUAGCAGUGAUUUAUAGAUGACCUGGAGCCAGUGGGUUUGGCGACGAAUAUGUAGUGAGGGCCAGCCAACAAGAGCGUACAGGUCACAAUGGUGGGUAGUAUAUGGGGCUUUGGUGACAAAACGGAUGGCACUGUGAUAGACUACAUCCAAUUUGCUGAGUAGAGUGUUGGAGGCUAUUUUGUAAAUGACAUCGCCGAAGUCAAGGAUUGGUAGGAUAGUCAGUUUUACGAGGGCAUGUUUGGCAGCAUGAGUGAAGGAGGCUUUGUUGCGAAAUAGGAAGCCGAUUCUAGAUCUAACUUUGGAUUGGAGAUGCUUAAUGUGAGUCUGGAAGGAUAAUUUACAGUCUAACCUGACACCUAGGUAUUUGUAGUUGUCCACAUACUCUAGGUCAGACCCGCCGAGAGUAGUGAUUCUAGUCUGGUGGGCGUGUGCAAGCAGCGUUCGGUUGAAGAGCAUACAUUUAGUUUUACUAGUGUUUAAGAGCAGUUGGAGGCUACGGAAGGAGUGUUGUAUGGUGUUGAAGCUCGUUUGGAGGUUUGUUAACACAGUGUCCAAUGAAGGGCCAGAUGUAUACAAAAUGGUGUCGUCCGCAUAGAGGUGGAUCCGAGCAUCACCAGCAGCAAGAGUGACAUCAUUGAUAUACACAGAGAAUAGAGUCGGCUCGAGAAUUGAACCCUGUGGCACCCCCAUAGAGACGGCCAGAGAUCCAGACAACAGGCCCUCCGAUUUGACACAUUGAACUCUAUCUGAGAAGUAGUUGGUGAACCAGGCGAGGCAGUCAUUAGAGAAACCAAGGCUAUUUAGUCUGCCAAUAAGAAUGCGGUGGUUGACAGAGUCGAAAGCCUUGGCCAGGUCGAUGAAGACGGCUGCGCAGUACUGUCUUUUAUCGAUCGCGGUUAUAAUAUCGUUUAGGACCUUGAGCGUGGCUGAGGUGCACCCAUGACCAGCUCGGAAACCGGAUUGCAUAGCGGAGAAGGUACGGUGGGAUUCGAAAUGGUCGGUGAUCUGUUGGUUAACUUGGCUUUCAAAUACUUUCGAAAGGCAGGGCAGGAUGGAUAUAGGUCUGUAACAGUUUGGAUCUAGAGUGUCACCCCCUUUGAAGAGGGGGAUGACCGUGGCAGCUUUCCAAUCUCUGGGGAUCUCAGACGUUACGAAAGAGAGGUUGAACAGGCUAGUAAUAGGGGUUGCGACAAUUUCGCCGGCUAAUUUUAGAAAGAAAGGGUCCAGGUUGUCUAGCCCAGCUGAUUUGUAGGGGUCCAGAUUUUUCAGCUCUUUCAGAACAUCAGCUGUCUGAAUUUGUGUGAAGGAGAAGCAGGGGGGGUGGGGGUGCAUGGGCAUGUUGCAGCGGAGGGUGCAGAGCUGGUGGCCGGGGUAGUGGUAGCCAGUUGGAAAGCAUGGCCAGCCGUAGCAAAAUGCUUGUUGAAAUUCUCGAUUAUUGGUGGUUAAAGUGUUUCCUAGCCUCAGUGCAGUGGGCAGUUGGGAGGAGGUGCUCUUAUUUUCCAUGGACUUUACAGUGUCCCAAAACGUUUUGGAGUUAGUGCUACAGGAUGCAAAUUUCUGUUUGAAAAAGCUAGCCUUUGCUUUCCUAUCUGAUUGUGUAUAUUGGUUCCUGACUUCCCUGAAAAGUUGCAUAUCGCGGGGGCUGUUCGAUGCUAAUUCAGUACACCACAGGAUGUUUUUGUGCUGGUCAAGGGCAGUCAAGUCUGAGGAGAACCAGGGGCUAUAUCUGUUCUUAGUUCUGAAUUUUUUGAAUGGGGCAUGCUUAUUUAAGAUUGAGAGGAAAGCACUUUUAAAGAACAACCAGGCAUCCUCUACUGACUGAAUGAGGUCAAUAUCCAUCCAGGAUACCCAGGCCAGGUCAAUUAGAAAGGCCUGCUCGCUAAAGUGUUUUAGGUAGCGUUUGACAGUGAUGAGGGGUGGUCGUUUGACCGCGGACCCAUUACGGACGCAGGCAGUGAUCGCUGAGAUCCUGGUUGAAGACAGCGGAGGUGUAUUUAGAGGGUAAAUUUGUCAGGAUGAUAUCUAUGAGGGUGCCCAUGUUUACAGAUUUAGGGUUGUACCUGGUAGGUUCGUUGAUAAUUAUCUACAGUAGAUUGCAACCCCACCCCCUUUGGCAGUUCUAUCGAGACGGAAAAUGUUGUAGUUGGGGAUAGACAUUUCUGAAUUUUUGGUGGCCUUCCUAAGCCAGGAUUCAGACACUGCUAGAACAUCAGGGUUGGCGGAGUGUGCUAACGCAGUGAAUAACUCAAACUUAGGGAGGAGGCUUCGGAUGUUAACGUGCAAGAAACCAAGGCUUUUACGGUUACAGAAGUCAACAAAUGAUAACGCCUGGGGAGUAGGAGUGAUACUGGGGGCUACAGGGCCUGGGUUAACCUCCACAUAACCAGAGGAACAGAGGAGGAGUAGAAUAAGGAUACGGCUAAAGGCUUUAAGUACUGGUCUUCUAGUGCAUUGGGUACAGAGAAAAAAAAGGGCCGAUUUCCGGGCGUUGUAGAAUAGAUUCAGGGCAUUAUUGUAACACUCUGGCUCCGGGACUUUUGUAUUUGAGCCAGGGUGUAUUGUGUUUUGUUGGGUUUUGGGUGAUUUUCUAUGUUGGUAGUUCUGUUGUGUGUGUUUCUAGGUUUGGUCAUUGACUCCCAAUCGGAGGUAACGAGUGUCAGCUGUCGGCUCGUUAUCUCUGAUUGGGAGCCAUAUUUAUACUGCAUGUUUUCCUGUGGGCAUUGUGGGUUAGUGUUCCGUGUUUCAGUCGUUGUACUGUGGACUUCACGAGUCGUCUUUUGUUUUGUAUUUCGGUGCUUUUUCAAUUAAAGUCAUGUUCGUUCAACGCGCUGCGCUUUGGUCUCCUUCACUCCUAGACGAUCGUGACAGAAUAACCCACCAGAAAAGGACCAAGCAGCGCGUCCAGGAGCAAAGGGUCUGGACAUGGAUGGAACUGUUGGACGGUAAAGGGUCCUGGACUUGGGAGGAGAUCCUGGAUGGUAUGGAUCGCCGACCAUGGAACGAGACGGUGGAGAGGCGACGGCGAGAGGAGCAACGGCAUCGGCAGGGCCAUCGUCGGAAGGACGAGAGGCAACCCCAAAAAGUUUUUUGGGGGGGGCACAUGGCUUGGGCGACUGAGCAGCAGGAGGCUGCCACAAGGCAGAUUCAGAAGGCUACCAGGUUAAGGGGGCUGACGGAGGCAGAGAAGGGACGGAUUCAGGAGGCUACCAGGUUAAGGGGGCGACUGGGAAAGGCAGGGAAGGAAGGUGUAGAGGCACGGCGAGAGGUACUGGGGUGUGUAACCAGUCCGGUCCGGCCCGUUCCUAAUCCCGAGGUACAGCCAGUAGUGUGUGUCCCCAGUACGGUACGGCCUGUUCCGGCCCCUCGCACUAAGUGUACGGUGCGCGUCGCCAGCCCAGCCCGGCCUGUUCCUGAGCCUCAUACGAAGCCUACGGUGCGCGUCGCCAGCCCAGCCCGGCCUGUUCCGGCCACUCGCACCAGGGAUACGGUGCGCGUCGCCAGCCCAGCCCGGCCUGUUCCUACUCCACGCACCAGGGAUACGGUGCGCGUCGCCAGCCCAGCCCGGCCUGUUCCGGCCACUCGCACCAGGGAUACGGUGCGCGUCGCCAGCCCAGCCCGGCCUGUUCCUACUCCACGCACCAGGGAUACGGUGCGCUUCGCCAGCCCGGCCCGGCCUGUUCCGGCCACUCGCACCAGGGAUACGGUGCGCGUCGCCAGCCCAGCCCGGCCUGUUCCUACUCCACGCACCAGGGAUACGGUGCGCUUCGCCAGCCCGGCCCGGCCUGUUCCGGCCUCUCGCACCAGAGAUACGGUGCGCGUCGCCAGCCCAGCCCGGCCUGUUCCUGCUCUCCGCACUAGGCCUUAUGUGCGUCCCCAGGGUCCAGCAUGCCCUGUUGCUGCUCUCCGCACUAGGCCUUAUGUGCGUCCCCAGGGCCAAGCAUGCCCUGUUGCUUCUCCCCGCACUAGCCCAGAGAUGCGUGUCCUCAGCCCGGUACCUCCAGUUCCGGCACCACGCAUCAGGCCUACGGUGCGUCCCCAGGGCCAAGCAUGCCCUGUUGCUUCUCCCCGCACUAGCCCUGAGAUGCGUGUCCUCAGCCCGGUACCUCCAGUUCCGGCACCACGCCCCAGGCCUACGGUGCGCCUCAGACGGCCAGAGUCUGCCGUCUGCCCAACGGGGCCUGAACUGUCCGUCUGCCCAACGCCGCCUGAACUGCCCGUCUGCCUAAAGCCUGCAAAGCCGCCCGUCUGCCAUGAGCCAUCAGAGCCGUCCGCCAGACCAGAGCCGCUAGAGCCUUCCGCCAGACAGGAUCAGCCAGAGCCUUCUGCCAGACAGGAUCAGCCAGAGCCUUCUGCCAGACAGGAUCAGCCAGAGCCUUCUGCCAGACAGGAUCAGCCAGAGCCUUCCGCCAGACAGGAUCAGCCAGAGCCUUCCGCCAGCCAUGAGCAGCCAGAUCCGUCGGCCAGCCAUGAGCAGCCAGAUCCGUCGGCCAGCCAUGAGCAGCCAGAUCCGUCGGCCAGCCAUGAGCAGCCAGAUCCGUCAGCCAGCCAUGAGCAGCCAGAUCCGUCAGCCAGCCAUGAGCAGCCAGAUCCUUCAGCCUGCCAUGAGCCGUCCAGCCAGGAUCCGCCAGAGCCAGCCAGCCAGGAUCCGCCCCUUAGCCAGGUGCUGUCCCUUAGCCCGGUGCUGCCCCUAAAUCCAGGUGGAGUAAGUUGGAGGGUGGUCAUGUGGAGGAGGCUAGGGAAGCGGGUGGUGACUAAGGUGGGGUGGGGACCACGACCAGGGCCAGAACCGCCACCGUGGACAGACGCCCACCCAGACCCUCCCCGAGACCGUAUGCUGGUGCGCCCGGAGUGCGCACCUUUAGGGGGGGGUACUGUAACACUCUGGCUCCGGGACUUUUGUAUUUGAGCCAGGGUGUAUUGUGUUUUGUUGGGUUUUGGGUGAUUUUCUAUGUUGGUAGUUCUGUUGUGUGUGUUUCUAGGUUUGGUCAUUGACUCCCAAUCGGAGGUAACGAGUGUCAGCUGUCGGCUCGUUAUCUCUGAUUGGGAGCCAUAUUUAUACUGCAUGUUUUCCUGUGGGCAUUGUGGGUUAGUGUUCCGUGUUUCAGUCGUUGUACUGUGGACUUCACGAGUCGUCUUUUGUUUUGUAUUUCGGUGCUUUUUCAAUUAAAGUCAUGUUCGUUCAACGCGCUGCGCUUUGGUCUCCUUCACUCCUAGACGAUCGUGACAAUUAUGUACAGACAAGGAUAUGGAAGGAUAUGAGUACAGUGGAGGUGCCUUAUUGCAAACAGGAUGCAUGUUUUGGAAUAUUUUUAUUCUGUAUAGGGUUACUUAUUUUCCCUCUGUCAUUUUGGUUAGUAUUGUGGAGUAACUACAAUGUUGUUGAUCCAUCCUCAGUUUUCUCCUAUCAUAGCCAUUAAUCUCUGUAACUGUUUUAGUCACCAUUGGCCUCAUGGGGAAAUCCCUGAGCGGUUUCCUUCCUCUCUGGCAACUGAGUUAGGAAGGACGCCUGUAUCUGUAGUGACUGGGUGUAUUGAUACACCAUGCUCAAAGGGAUAUUCAAUGUCUUUUUUUUUACCCAUCUACCAUCUACCCUUCUUUGCGAGGCAUUGGAAAACCUCCCUGGUCUUUGUGGUUGAAUUUGUUUUUGAAAUUCACUGCUUGAUUGAGGAACCAUACAGAGAAUUGUAUGUGUGGGGUACAGAGAUGAGGUAGUCAUCAUUUAAUGUUAAACACUAUUAUUGCACACAGAGUGGGUCCAUGCAACCUAUUAUGUGACUUGUUAAGCAAAUGUUUACUCCUGAACUUAUUUAGGUUUGCCAUAACAAAAGGGUUUAAAUGCUUAUUGACUCAAGACAUUUCAGCUUUUCAUUUUUAAUUAAUUUGUAAAACUUUCGAAAAACAUAAUUCCACUUUGACAGUGGCACAAAAUCUCAGUUUAAUCCAUUUUAAAUUCAGGCAGUAAUACAACAAAAUGUGGAAAAAAUCUAAGGGUGGGAAUCCUUUCUGAAGGCACUGUAGUCCCUCCCAGAUACCAUGUAUGAUAUUUCAUGCAAGUAAGACAGAGAGAUUUCCUUUUUUUAAGAACAUUGUUGUAUUUCACAAUGGAAUUUUAGGAAUAAAUAAAGCAUAUACAAUUCAACAAAAACAUAGGGAAAAGUUUUUUUAAAUGUCAACUGAUAUUGCCAUGAUGAGACAACAGCAUUUCACUUGACACAGGUAGAAAGUAUUGCAUUGUUCAAUGAUUGUGGACCAGCGAACGCCUCUCAUCUUCAUAUAAUUUACAUACAUACCCUCGUUCAAGAACAAAAGCACAUUAUAGGUGUCAUCAGUUACCACCUGGUCUCAUAGUAAUAAUAAUGUGCAAAUUAAUUCAAAGUUAUAAUACGAUAUUGCAUCACUUAAAAGUGCUCUAUAAAAGGUGCCAACAUUCUUCAAAAAGAGGAGGGGAGUUAAAUCCUGUUUUCCCAAAAGCCUUUGCUCUGGCUCUGAUCAUCGCCUGUGCCAGUGCUUCCAGGCAAUAUUUUCACUCAGAGAACGACAUGAAAAGAAAAACAAUGAACCAUUUCACGAGUCAGUCCAGUGGCGGCACACACUAGCACUUUUCUCCCAUCUCAUGUAUAUUUUUUCCCAGUGAUGUCGGAUAUUCCAGUGUGUCUGUUUUCUUAGGGGUGUUUGUGCGUGGCCGGGAAAUUGUCCCUGUUGGUUAUUGUGCAUUUGGACAAGUUUAGAAAAUAGACUGGAUCUACUAGACAUUGGUGGAGUAACAGUGAUAAGACAAAGAAACAAGCCAUAGGUCUGUUCCCAACUAACUCCCUCCUCCAACAAGCAUUAAACCAAUCAACAUCCAUGGUCUGAACAGAAAUAGUACCUAUGUAACAGACAACAAUAUGCCUCCAUGCAGGAAUGAAAAAUGACAACAUUCUUAUCUUGAGAAUUUGAAAAAAAUCAUUAUUGGUAAGGCAAACAGCACUUCUCAAAGAUCCGGUCUUUAUCGAUGAGCGAAUACACACAUAUGAAGCUAAAAACAUGAUCAGAACUACACAAUGUAGUACUUUGGUGGUAACUGGGAAGAGAGAGAAAUGCAUUAUUGCUCUACUUGGGGGAGAGGAACAGAUAGGAUUACAUUGUCUGUAUUGCAGUGCUGACUUGAAAUGGUUUGUUGUUGCCAUUUAGAGAUUUGCCAGUUUAUCUGCCUCAGUCUGUUUGAAAAGAAAAGGGGCACAUCCAAAAGCGCUGGAAAGAAAUAUCCUAUACCUUCUCUGAACAAGGCACUGAACAAAAAACAGAAAAAAAUGACUAGACCCCCUUUCCCCUCAAAAGCAAAUCUGUCCUUCCGACCGAGCUUAUUACAUGGAACACCAAGGGCUAUGUAGCAGGGGCUCAGACGUUCAUUUGGCACUGUCUCAGAAAGCUAGUCUCUCCAUCUCAGCGGCUUCUCCUCCUCCGCAGGGGGGACUCUUUUAUUCAGUCAUUCAUCAGCAGUCCAGCUCCAGGAGAGGAGGGGGUGUGUGGGAGAGAGGAUGGGGAUGUCAGGGACAGGAAGCCGGACAGGACGCUAGCAGAGCACCUGUCACAACUGAAGAGCCUCCUGCGCUCCAUCAGGAAGCCACUACAUGACUGA